AUGCCUUCAGCGCUGGCCGUCUUCUCCUGCCGUCCGAAUUCACACCCUUUUCAGGACCGUCAUGUCUACCUGGACGAGCCAGUCAAGAUCGGGCGCUCUGUGGCGCGAUGCCGACCCGCUCAGAACAAUGCGACGUUCGACUGCAAGGUUCUGUCACGGAACCAUGCCCUGGUCUGGUUCGAUCACAAGACUGGCAAGGUGAGUCCUACUCUCAACCAGUCAGCUAACACCCUCACCUCCCUUCCCACCCUCACCUCCCCCCCUACCCUCACCUCCCCCCCUACCCUCACCUCCCUUCCCACCCCCCCUACCCUCACCUCCCUUCCCACCCUCACCUCCCUUCCUACCCUCACCUCCCUCCCACCCUCACCUCCCUCCCACCCCCCUCCCUCCCCUCCCUCCCAACCCUCACCUCCCUUCCCACCCCCCUACCUCACCUUCCCUCCCACCCUCACCUCCCUUCCCCCCCUAACCCUCACCUCCCUUCCCCCCCUACCCUCACCUCCCUUCCCCCCCUACCCUCACCUCCCUCCCCCCUACCCUCACCUCCCUCCCCCCUACCCUCACCUCCCUCCCCCCUACCCUCACCUCCCUUUCCUUCCUACCCUCACCUCCCUUUCCUUCCCACCCCCUACCCUCACCUUCUUUCCCACCCCCCCUAUCCUCACCUCCCUUAUCCCCCCCCUACCCUCACCUCCCUUUCCUUCCCACCCCCCUACCCUCACCUCCCUUCCCACCCUCACCUCCCUUCCCACCCUCACCUCCCUUACUACCUUCCUUCCCACCCCCCCUACCCUCACCUUCCUUCCCACCCCCCUACCCUCACCUUCCUUCCCACUCCCCUAACCCUCACCUUCCUUCCCACUCCCCUACCCCCUCACCUUCCUUCCCACCCCCCCUACCCUCACCUCCCUUCCACCCCCCCUACCUCCCCACUCCCUUUCCUUCCCACCCCCCCUCCCUCCCUCCCUUCCCACCCCCCCCACCUCCACCUCCCUUCCUCCACCCCCCUCUCCUCACCUCCCUUCCUCCCUCCCCCCCCCCUCACCCCCUCACCUCCCUCCUACCCCCCUCCCCUCCCCUUCCCCCCCCCCUACCCCUCACCUCCCUUCCCCCCCCUCCCUCCCCCUUCCACUCCCCCCUACCCUCCCCUCCCUUCCUCCCCUCACCUCCCUUCCCCCCUCCCACCCCCCUACCCUCACCUCCCUUCCCACCCCACCCUCACCUCCCUUCCCCCCCCUACCCCCCUCCCUCCCCCUCCCUUCCCCCCCCUACCCUCACCUCUCCACUCCCUCCCCACCUCCCCCUACCCCCUCACCUCCCUCCUCCCUUCCCCCACCCCCCCUAACCCUCACCUCCCCCUUCCUUCCUUCCCCCCCCCUACCCUCCCCCCUCCCUUCCUUCCCACCCCCUACCCUCACCUCCCUUCCUUCCCACCCCCCUACCCCUCACCUCCCUUCCUUCCCACCCCCCUACCCCUCACCUCCCUCCCUUCCCACCCCCCCUACCCUCACCUCCCUUCCUUCCCACCCCCCCACCCUCACCUCCCUUCCUUCCCACCCCCCCACCCCCCACCUCCCUCCUCCCCCCCCCUACCCUCACCUCCCUUCCACCUCCCCUACCCUCACCUCCCUUCCACCCCCCCUCCCCCCCACCCCCCCUUCCACCCCCCUACCCUCACCUCCCUUCCACCCCCCUACCCUCACCUCCCUUCCACCCCCCCCUCACCCUCACCUCCCUUCCACCCCCCCCCCCACCCCACCCCCUCCACCUCCCCUCCCUCCCUUGCCCCCCCCUCCCUUCCACCCCCCUACCCUCCCCCCUUCCCCCCCCCCUACCCUCACCUCCCUUCCUUCCCACCCCCCUACCCUCACCUCCCUUCCUUCCCCCCCCCCUCACCCCCACCUCCCUUCCUCCCCCACCCCCCCUAACCCUCACCUCCCUCCCUUCCCACCCUCCCCUCACCUCCCUCCCUUCCCACCUCCCCUACCCGCACCUCCUUCCUUCCCACCUCCCCUACCCUCACCCUCCCUUCCUUCCCACCUCCCCUACCCUCACCUCCCUUCCUUCCCACCCCCCUACCCUCACCUCCCUUCCUUCCCACCCCCCUACCCUCACCUCCCUAUCCACCCCCCCCCUACCCUCACCUCCCUUCCACCCCCCCCCCCCUACCCGCACCUCACCUCCCUUCCACCCUCCCCUCCCUCACCUCCCUUCCACCCCCCCCUACCCUCACCUCCCUUCCCACCCCCCCCCUACCCUCACCUCCCUUCCACCUACCCUCACCUCCCUUCCACCUCCCCUACCCUCACCUCCCUUCCACCCCCCCUAUCCUACUAAUAAAUAGUAGCAGCAGCGUAUGUGAUGAGUCAAAGUUGUUGCAACAAGGGUCAAUGCAUAUAGUCCGGGUAGCUAUUUGGUUAAAUAUUUAUCAGUCUUAUGGCUUGGGGUUACAUUUACAUUUACGUUAUUUAGCAGACACACUUAUCCAGAGAGACUUACAAAUAGGUGCAUUCACCCUAUAGCCAGUGGGAUAACCACUUUACAAUAUCUUAUUUUUUUUUUGGGGGGGGGGGGGGGGGGUAGAAGGAUUACUUUAUCCUAUCCCAGGUAUUCCUUAAAGAGGUGGGGUUUCAAAUGUCUCCGGAAGGUGGUGAGUGACUCCGCUGUCCUGGCGUCGUGAGGGAGCUUGUUCCACCAUUGGGGUGCCAGAGCAGCGAACAGUUUUGACUGGGCUGAGCGGGAACUAUGCUUCCGCAGAGGAAGGGGAGCCAGCAGGCCAGAGGUGGAAGAACACAAUGCCCUCGUUUGGGUGUAGGGACUGAUCAGAGCCUGAAGGUACGGAGGUGCCGUUCCCCUCACUGCUCCAUAGGCAAGCACCAUGGUCUUGUAACAGAUGCGAGCUUCAACUGGAAGCCAGUGGAGUGUGCGGAGGAGCAGGGUGACGUGAGAGAACUUGGGAAGGUUGAACACCAGACGGGCUGCGGCAUUCUGGAUGAGUUGUAGGGGUUUAAUGGCACAGGGUUAGAAGCUGUUCAGGGUCCUGUUCGUUCCAGACUUGGUGCAUCAGUACCGCUUGCCAUGUAGUAGCAGAGAACAGUCUAUGACUUGGGUGGCUGGCGUCUUUGACAAUUUUUAGGGCCUUCCUCUGACACCGCCUGGUAUAGAGGUCCUGGAUGGCAGGGUGCUCGGCCCCAGUGAUUUACUGGACCGUACGCACUACCCUCUGUAGCGCCUUGCGGUCGGAUGCCAAGCAGUUGCCAUACCAGGCGGUGAUGCAGCCAGUCAAGAUGCUCUCAAUGGUGCAGCUGUAUAACCUUUGAGGUCUGAGAGCCCACGCCAAAUCUUUUCAGCCUCCUGAGGGGGAAGAGGCGUUGUCGUGCCUUCUUCACGACUGUGUGGGUGUGUGUGGACAAUGAUAGAUCCUUAGUGAUUUGGACACCGAGGAACUUGAAGCUCUCAACCCACUCCACUACAGCCCCGUCAAUGUGACUGGGGGCGUGCUCGGCCCUCCGUUUCCUGUAGUCCAUGAUCAGCUCCUUUGUCUUGCUGAUGUUGAGGAAGACGUUGUCCUGGCACCACACGGCCAGGUCUCUGACCUUCUCUCUAUAGUCUGUAUCAUCGUCGUUGGUGAUCAGGCCUACCACUGUUGUGUCUGCAAAUUAAUGGUGGUGUUGGAGUCAUGCUUGGCCAUGCAGUCAUGGGUGAACAGGGAGUACAGGAGGGGACUCAGCACGCACCCCUGAGGGGCCCCUAUGUUGAGGAUCAGCGUGGCAGAUGUGUUGUUGCCUACCCUUACCACCUGGGGGCGGCCCGUCAGGAAGUCCAGGAUCCAGUUGCAGAGGGAGGUGUUCGGUCCCAGGGUCUUCAGCUUAGUGAUGCGCUUGGACAGUAGUCAGUGAACAGCAUUCUCCACAUAGGUGUUCCUCUUCUCCAGGUGGGAGAGGGCAGUGUGGAGCGCAAUAGAGAUUGCGUCAUCCGUUGAUCUGUUGGGGCGGUAUGAGAAUUGGAGUGGUUCUGGGAUGUGAGACAUGACCACCCUUUCAAAGCAUUUCAUGGCUACGGAUGGGAGUGGCUACGGGGUGAUGGUGAUUUAGACAGGGUCUUGGGCACGUGACUGGGUGAUGGUGAUUUAGACAGGGUCUUGGGCAUGUGACUGGGCGAUGGUGAUUUAGACAGGGUCUUGGGCACGUGACGGGGUGAUGGGGAUUUAGACAGGGUCUUGGGCACGUGACGGGGUGAUGGUGAUUUAGACAGGGUCUUGGGUACGUGACGGGGUGAUGGUGAUUUAGACAGGGUCUUGGGCAUGUGACUGGGUGAUGGUGAUUUAGACAGGGUCUUGGGCACGUGACUGGGUGAUGGUGAUUUAGACAGGGUCUUGGGCACGUGACUGGGUGAUGGGGAUUUAGACAGGGUCUUGGGCACGUGACUGGGGGAUUUAGACAGGGUCUUGGGCACGUGACUGGGUGAUGGUGAUUUAGACAGGGUCUUGGGCACGUGACUGGGUGAUGGGGAUUUAGACAGGGUCUUGGGCACGUGACGGGGUGAUGGUGAUUUAGACAGGGUCUUGGGCACGUGACUGGGUGAUGGUGAUUUAGACAGGGUCUUGGGCACGUGACUGGGUGAUGGUGAUUUAGACAGGGUCUUGGGCACGUGACUGGGUGAUGGUGAUUUAGACAGGGUCUUGGGCACGUGACGGGGUGAUGGUGAUUUAGACAGGGUCUUGGGCACGUGACUGGGUGAUGGGGAUUUAGACAGGGUCUUGGGCACGUGACUGGGUGAUGGUGAUUUAGACAGGGUCUUGGGCACGUGACUGGGUGAUGGUGAUUUAGACAGGGUCUUGGGCACGUGACUGGGUGAUGGGGAUUUAGACAGGGUCUUGGGUACGUGACUGGGUGAUGGGGAUUUAGACAGGGUCUUGGGCACGUGACUGGGUGAUGGGGAUUUAGACAGGGUCUUGGGCACGUGACUGGCAAAACUAUGUUGGCGAAUAAAUAAUCCACCUCUACCCUCCGUUCUGUUGGCGAACGUACAAUCACUGGAGGGCAAACUGGAUGAGCUGCGUUUAAGACCAUCCCAUCAACAGGACCUGAAGAACUGUAAUCUCCUAUGUUUCUCUGAGUCGUGGUUAAACAAGGACAUAACUAAUAUACAGCUAGCUGGAUUUUCUAUGCAUCUUCAAGACCAUACUGCAGGUUAAGGUUAGGGGGGAGGGGUGUCUCUUCGUUAACAACAGCUGGUGGAGCACAAUCUCUAAUAUUAAGGACGUUUCGAUGUUCUGUUCGCCUGAGUUAGAAUACCUCAUGAUAAGCUGUAGACCAAACUAUACUGAACAAAAAUAUAAACGCAACGUAAAGUGUUGGUCCCAUGUUUCAUGAGCUGAAAUAAAAGAUCCCAGAAAUGUUCCAUAUGCACAAAAAGCUUAUUUCUCUCAAAGUUGGUGUGCAAAUUUGUUUACAUCCCUGCUAGUGAGCAUUUAUCUUUUGCCAAGAUAAUCCAUCCACCUGACAGGUGUGGCAUAUCAAGAAGCUGAUUAAACAGCAUGAUCAUUACACAGGUGCACCUUGUGCUGGUAACAGUAAAAGGCCACUCUAAAAUGUGCAGUUUUAUCACACAACACAAUGCCACAGACGUCUCAAGUUUUGAGGGAGUGCGCAAUUGGCAUGCUGACUGCAGAAAUGUCCACCAGAGCUGUUGCCAGAGAAUUGAAUGUCUUCCAGAUACCUGCUUACAAGCAAAAACUCACACAGGAAGUACCAGUAAAGCUCUCAAUACGGAAAUGGUCUGAUGACGUGGAUGCUAAACUACAGGACUGUUUUGCUAGCACAGACUGGAAUAUGUUCCGGGAUUCAUCCGAUGGCAUUGAGGAGUACACCACAUCAGUCACCAGCUUUGUGUGUUAAACUCCUAAAUAAAUAAGAACGUGGGACAUGCAGGGGAGGUUUAUAGUCUGCUUCCCGGACAUCCAGGGGAGGUUUAUAGUCUGCUUCCCGGACAUCCAGGGGAGGUUUAUAGUCUGCUUCCCGGACAUCCAGGGGAGGUUUAUAGUCUGCUUCCCGGACAUCCAGGGGAGGUUUAUAGUCUGCUUCCCGGACAUCCAGGGGAGGUUUAUAGUCUGCUUCCCGGACAACCAGGGGAGGUUUAUAGUCUGCUUCCCGGACAUCCAGGGGAGGUUUAUAGUCUGCUUCCAGGACAUCCAGGGGAGGUUUAUAGUCUGCUUCCCAAAUGGCAUUCUAUUCCCCAUGGGUCAAAGUAGUGCAUUUUCCCCCCAAUAAUUUAUUUGCGACCCAAAUCUAAUCUAAACUCUACAGUUUGAUUUUUAUAUCAACCAAUAACCUUAAAUUAAUUGUAUUUUCAUCUCUUAUCAAAAUGAAAAGGAACCAAUAAAUACAUUUACUCAAUAAAAAAGUAUUUUUCUAAAUCUCUCUCUCAAACAUUUUAAACGUUUUGGGGACUUUGAAUACCACUGCAAAUUGCCUGGGCCACAGUUGCUAGGAAAUCUCUAAGGAUCUCAGAAAGCUAAUGAGCCUGGAUAAAGACGGUUAAUGCAAGACCAACAUACAAAACAAACGUACACCCCCAGCUGCCUGCUAGAUUGACAACCCAAGACGGCACCCCACCCUACAUGCAUUACAUACCUCCCCCAAGGCCUUUCUCAUGUACCCACAUGAACAUCAAUCCAGUUCUGUAGUAGAAGCUGCACGUGAUUCACACACCCAAGAAUAGGUUUAGGUUUGAUAAUAAUAAUAAGCCAUUUAGCAGAUGCUUUUAUCCAAUGCGACUUAGUCAUGUGUGCAUACUUUUUUACGUAUGGGUGGUCCCGGGGAUCGAACCCACUACCCUGGCGUUACAAGCGCCAUGCUCUACCAGCUGAGCUACAGUUUUCCUUGACGAAAAGGUUGUAGUUGUCAGGCGUUGAUGUUACUUUCACAGGGCAGUGUUGUGAGUGGAAAGUUAGAGGGCUGGUAUUGGUUCAUCUCAUCUCACCGGACUUCCUGGUCACCUGAGAAACCCAUCCGAUCAGUGAGUCCUGGACUGGGUACAGUUUAGCACAGUUGGCACACAUCGGCCAACCUGAGAAACCCAUCCGAUCAGUGAGUCCUGGACUGGGUACAGUUUAGCACAGUUGGCACACAUCGGCCAACCUGAGAAACCCAUCCGAUCAGUGAGUCCUGGACUGGGUACAGUUUAGCACAGUUGGCACACAUCGGCCAACCUGAGAAACCCAUCCGAUCAGUGAGUCCUGGACUGGGUACAGUUUAGCACAGUUGGCACACAUCGGCCAACCUGAGAAACCCUGGGCUUCAGUUGGACUAGGUCAUGUCAGUGGGUCAACGUGAUUAAAACGUUGACAGCCAGAUAAUGUGUGGUUAUCUCUGAAUGUUUACCAUACCUGUUACUGUCCUCCACCCACUCCACAUCAGUAGGCCUACAUAAUCAACUAGUACGUUUGUUAAACUGAUUUCGGGGCAGCUAUAACCCAGUCCUCUCCCUCAAAUCCCUGGGAAACUUAGUCGGAAGUAGAUUUAAAUGGCUGUUUUAUAAGUUAGGUGUCUGUGCCAUGUUGUGCUUCUUGUUGCUAGGGAUUAACCUGAACGUCUUAGUUUGAACAGCAUUGUAGGUGCAGCAGGCCUAGAGUUGAAUGUAGACACACCCCUUACUUGAAAUGCAGUCUUGCUCUUCCUGCUAGUACUGCUUUAAAAAGCAGUAGACUAUAUCCAUUUACAUUUACAGUUACGUCAUUUAGCAGACGCUCUUAUCCAGAGCGACUUACAGUUAAGCCCUCUCGCUGCUUGAAGGACAAACCAGACCGUGCUGAUAAUGUAGCGGGUGUCCGUCCUAUCUUCUCUGACCACAGAACAUCAGCCUUAAUUUUUCAUUCUAUACAGAACAAAAAUAUAAACUCAACAUGUAAAGUGUUGGUCCCAUGUUUCAUAAGCUAAGAUAAAAGAUCCCUGAAAUUGUCCAAACGCACGAAAAGCUUAUUUCUCUCAUUUUGUUUACAAAUUUGUUUACAUACCUUAUUAGUGAGCAUUUCUCCUUUGCCAAGAUAUGCCACACCUGUCAGUUGGAUGGAUUAUCAAGAAGCUGAUUAAACAUCAUUACAUAUGUGCACCUUGUGCUGCGGACAAAAAAAGGACACUCUAAAAUGUGCCGUUUUGUCACAACACAAUGCAAGUGGCAUACUGACUGCAGGAAUGUCCACCAGAGCUGUUGCCGGAGAAUUGAAUUUAAAUUUCUCUACCAUAAGCCGCCUCUAACGUCGUUUUUAGAGAAUUUGGCAGUACGUCCAACCGGCCUCACAACUGCAAACCAUAUGUAACCACGCCAGCCCAGGACCUCCACAUCCGGCUUCUUCACCUGCGGGAUCGUCAUAUUUGUUUAUAUGAACGGUAACUCAGUAAAAUCUUUUGAAAUUGUUGCAUUUAUUAUUUUGUUCAGUAUAUUUCCAAACUUGUGUUGUCAUGGCUCUCUCUUGUCCCUCUGCAGCAGACAUAUGGUGAGCAAUAUGUUUGGAACAUCGUAAUGAAUAUCGUAUCGGCACCAAAGUAUCGUGAUAAUAUCGUAUCGUAAGGUCCCUGGCAAUUCCCAGCCCUAAACUAUAGAAUUGUAACUGGCUCUAUAGGAUCGUGACCUUGUAUUCCUCCUCUCUGUAUUUCAGUUCUACCUCCAGGACACUAAGAGCAGUAACGGAACGUUUAUCAACAGCCAGCGUCUGAGCCGGGGCACGGAGGAGAGUCCUCCCUGUGAGGUCCUCUCUGGUGACUUCAUCCAGUUCGGCGUCGACGUCACAGAGAACACCCGCAAAGGUACACGCACAACGAUGAUGUCAGGUAUAUGGUACACGACAAUGUGUGUUGUGUAGUAUAUGGGUACACAUCGGUGUUGGAAAGAGCCCGCUAUCUUUCCAUUAUCGCUUCUUCUGUGACAGCAUAUUUGUAAACAAACUGAAAAGGUGCAUACCACCUGCUACUGUACUGGAGUGUGGAUAGUCUGAACGUUACAUACCACCUGCUACUGUGUUGGAGUGUGGAUAGUCUGAACGUUACAUACCACCUGCUACUGUACUGGAGUGUGGAUAGUCUGAACGUUACAUACCACCUGCUACUGUACUGGAGUGUGGAUAGUCUGAACGUUACAUACCACCUGCUACUGUACUUGGAGUGUGGAUAGUCUGAACGUUACAUACCACCUGCUACUGUACUGGAGUGUGGAUAGUCCUGAACGUUACAUACCACCUGCUACUGUACUGGAGUGGUGGAUAGUCUGAACGUUACAUACCACCUGCUACUGGGUACUGGAGUUGUGGAUAGUCUGAACGUUACAUACCAACCUGCUACUGUGUUGGAGUGUGGAUAGUCUGAACGUUACAUACCACCUGCUACUGUACUGGAGUGUGGAUAGUCUGAACGUUGCAUACCACCUGCUACUGUACUGGAGUGUGGAUAGUCUGAACGUUACAUACCACCUGCUACUGUACUGGAGUGUGGAUAGUCUGAACGUUACAUACCACCUGCUACUGUACCUGGAGUGUGGAUAGUCUGAACGUUACAUACCACCUGCUACUGGUACUGGAGUGUGGAUAGUCUGAACGUUACCAUAACCACCUGCUACUGUACUGUGUGGGAUAGUCUGAACGUUACAUACCACCUGCUACUGUGUUGGAGUGUGGAUAGUCUGAACGUUACAUACCACCUGCUACUGUACUGGAGUGUGGAUAGUCUGAACGUUACAUACCACCUGCUACUGUGUUGGAGUGUGGAUAGUCUGGAGGGGAUAUCUGAACUUCAUACCACCUGCUACUGUACUGGAGUGUGGAUAGUCUGAACGUUACAUACCAAACCCGCUACUGUGUUGGAGUGUGGAUAGUCUGAACGUUACAUACCACCUGCUACUGUGCUGGAGUGUGGAUAGUCUGAACGUUACAUACCACCUGCUACUGUGUUGGGAGUGUGGAUAGUCUGAACUUUACAUACCACCUGCUACUGUACGGGUUUUUGGGGAUAUUGAAUUUUAAAUCCCACCUGCUACGUAUGGAGUGUGGAAAAGUCAAAAAACUUUAAUACCACCUGCUACUGAAACAAAUGUGGAUUCGAACGUUCCCUCCACCUGCUACUGUAUGGGUGGGGAUAGUCUGAACGUUAAAUCCACCUUUCUUACUGGAGUUGGAUUCAACGUUAAUACCCCCCUGCUACGGUGUUGGAGUGGGGGAAGCCCCUGAACGUUCCCUACCCCCCUUCCUACUGUUUUGGAGUGUGGAUAUUCUGAAUUUAAACAUACCCCCCUGCCACUGGGGUUGGGAGUGGGGGAUAGUUGAACGUUAAUCCCAAACUGCUACUGUACUGGAUUUGGGGGAAUAUUUCUAAAACGUUACAUCCCCACCUGCUAUGUGGGGGAGUGUGGAUAGUCUAAAACUUUUACAUCCCACCUGCUACUGUCGGGAAGUGUGGAUUUCUGAAGGGUUACAUACCCCCUGCUACUGUACUGGAUUGUAGAGCCCUGAACUUUUAAUUCCCCUGCUCUGUUUUGGAUUUGGGGGAAAGUCUGAACGUUGCAUACCCCCUGCAAUGUUGGAUUGUGGAUAGUUAAACGUUCCAAAAACCCCCUUCAAACUGUUUUUGGGUGUGGAUAGUCUGAACUUUAAACAUCCCCACCUGCAAAGGAAAUGGAGUGGGGGGAAUUGGGGAACGUUACAUCCCACCUGUAUUUGGUACGGGGUUGUGGAUGUUGAACUUUACCUACCCCCUGCUACUGAAAUGGAGUGGGAUAGUUGAACUUUUCCUACCACCUGCUACGUACUGGAGUGGGAUAUUCUGAACGUUAAAACCCAAACCUUUCCUACUGUAUGGAUUGGUAGUCUAACUUUACUCCACCUGCUACUGAAACGGGAGUGUGGAUAGUUUGAACUUUAACAUCCCACCUUUCCCUUGUGUUGGAGUGUGGAUAUUGAACUUUAAAAAAAUCCCCACCUGCAAACUGUUUUGGGGAAGUGUGGAUAUCUGAAUUUUCCAUACCACCUGCUACGGGUACUGGAGGGUGGAUAUUUCUGAACGUUGAACCCCCGCUACUGUACGGAGUGUGGAUGUCUGAACGUUACUACCCCCUGCUCUGUACUGGGUUUUGGGUUUUCCCAAAAGGGUUACAUACCACCUGCUCGGUUUUGGAUUUGGGGAUAGUCGAACUUUACAUACCCCCUGCUACGUAGGGGAGUGGGGUAGUCUAACUUUAAACAUACCACCUGCUACUGUUUUGGAUUUUGUGGAUAGCCCUAAAACUUUACAUACCCCCUGCUCUGUGUUGGAGUGUGGAUACCUGAACGUUAAAUACCACCUCUACUGUUUGGAGUGUGGAAAAGCCCCAAAACUUUACUUACCCCCUUUGUACUGUUUUUGGAUUUUGAUAGUUGAACGUUACAUAAAAACCUGUUUACGGAUGGAUUUUUGGAUUUUAAAAACGUUAAAAUAACACCUUCUACGUACUGGAGUGUGGAUAGCCCUGAACGUUCCAUACCCCCGUACUUUUUGGGUGUGGUUUUCCCCUAAACGUUCUACCCCCCGGACUGUACUGGAUUUGGGAUAGUCGGAACUUUAAUACCCCCUGCUACUUUUUUGGGAGUGUGGUAGCGGGAAUUUACUACCACCUGCUACUGGGGGUUUGGGGUGGAUAGUUGAAGGGUUACAUACCCCUGUUUACUUUUUUGGAGGUGGAUAGUCUAAAACCGUUACAUCCCAAUCUGCAAAUUUCCCUGGAGUGGGAAAUAUCAAAACUUUACAUACCACCUGCUACUGUACUGGAGUGUGGAUAGUCUGAACGUUACAUACCACCUGCUACUGUGUUGGAGUGUGGAUAGUCUGAACGUUACAUACCACCUGCUACUGUGUUGGAGUGUGGAUAGUCUGAACGUUACAUACCACCUGAAAGUACACGGAGAGCUAACAUUAAUGACAUGCAUGUCAGUCUCUCCUGGCUUAGAGUGGAAGAGAGAUUGACUUCAUCACUGCUUGUUUUUGUAAGAGUUGUUGACAAGCUGAAUGUACUGAGCUGUCUGUUUUUAAAAUACUAGCACAUAGCUUGGACACCUAUGCAUACCCCACAAGACAUGUCACCAGAGGUCUCUUCACAGUCCCCAAGUCCAGAACAGACUAUGGGAGGCGCACAGUAAUACAUAGAGCCAUGACUACAUGAAACUCUAUUCCACAUCAGGUAACUGAUGCAAGCAGUAGAAUCAGAUUAUAUAAAAAAAAAAUGGUACAAAUCCACCUUAUGGAACAGCGGGGACUGUGAAGAGACACAAACGUAGACACGUGCAUACAAACACACAACAUACGCACUAUACACAUGGAUUGUUGUACUGUAGAUAUGUGGUGGAGUAGGGGCCUGAGGGCACACACUUAAUGUUGUGAAUGUAAUGUGUUUAAAAUUGUAUAACUGCCUUAAUUUUGCUGGACCCCAGGAAGAGUAGCUGCUGCCUUGGCAGGAAUUAAUGGGGAUCCAUAAUAAAAUACUAAAUGCAAAAUACUGUGCUGAAGUGUGUGUCCUUCAGUGGUGCUGAAUCAAGUACGUCCUUCAGUGGUGCUGGAUCAAGUACGUCCUUCAGUGGCGCUGGAUCAAGUAGGUCCUUCAGUGGCGCUGGAUCAAGUAGGUCCUUCAGUGGCGCUGGAUCAAGUAGGUCCUUCAGUGGCGCUGGAUCAAGUAGGUCCUUCAGUGGCGCUGGAUCAAGUAGGUCCUUCAGUGGCGCUGGAUCAAGUACGUCCAUCUCAAUGGUACACAUAGGGGACCUAUACAACAAGAGUUACAUCUGUUCUACACGUAGGAGACCUAUACAACAAGGUUCGCAUCCCAAUGAUCUGUUCUUCCUCCCAAACUGUGCACUCGUUCACUUCACUUCACUGAAUCGAAAGGAAGUGACUGGUAUAAGAAAUAGUGAGAACUUCCCAGUCUAUGUCUCCACCACUCCAAUGCUUUUAGAUUUGUGGGAAGUAGGGAACAGGUGGAGUGUACAAUUCAGGGGAAAGGAGCUAUUAUUGGGUGGGUUGAGGUCACUGCCAAUAGAGGUCACAUUUCUAUUUCUCACAUAUACGUGUUUAGCAGAUGUUAUUGCGGGUGUAGCGAAACGCUUGUGUUCCUAGCUCCAACAGUGCAGUAGUAUCUAACAAUUCACAACAAUACACACACAUCUAAAAGUAAAAUAAUGGAAUUAAGGAAUAUAUAAAUAUUAGGAUGAACAAUGUCGGAGUGGUUUGACUAAAAUACAGUAGAAUAGAAUACAGUAUAUACAGUGGGGAGAACAAGUAUUUGAUACACUGCUGAUUUUGCAGGUUUUAGGUCUGUAAUUUUUUAUCAUAGGUACACUUCAACUGUGAGAGACAGAAUCUAAAACAAAAAUCCAGAAAAUCACAAUGUAUGAUUUUUAAGUAAUUCGUUUUCAUUUUAUUGCAUGACAUAAGUAUUUGAUACAUCAGAAAAGCAGAACUUAAUAUUUGGUACAGAAACCUUUGUUUGCAAUUACAGAGAUCAACAUUUCCUGUAGGUCUUGACCAGGUUUGCACACAAUGCAGCAGGGAUUUUGGCCCACUCCUCCAUACAGACCUCCUCCAGAUCCUUCAGGUUUCGGGGCUGUCGCUGGGCAAUAUGGACUUUCAGCUCCCUCCAAAGAUUUUCUAUUGGGUUCAGGUCUGGAGACUGGCUAGGCCACUCCAGGACCUUGAGAUGCCUCUUACGGAGCCACUCCUUAGUUGCCCUGGCUGUGUGUUUCGGGUCGUUGUCAUGCUGGAAGACCCAGCCACGACCCAUCUUCAAUGCUCUUACUGAGGGAAGGAGGUUGUUGGCCAAGAUCUCGCGAUACAUGGCCCCAUCCAUCCUCCCGGUGCUGUCGUCCUGUCCCCUUUGCAGAAAAGCAUCACCAAAGAAUGAUGUUUCCACCUCCAUGCUUCACGGUUGGGAUGGUGUUCUUGGGGUUGUACUCAUCCUUCUUCUUCCUCCAAACACGGCGAGUGGAGUUUAGACCAAAAAGCUCUAUUUUUGUCUCAUCAGACCACAUGACCUUCUCCCAUUCCUCCUCUGGAUCAUCCAGAUGGUCAUUGGCAAACUUCAGACGGGCCUGGACAUGCGCUGGCUUGAGCAGGGGGACGUUGCGUGCGCUGCAGGAUUUUAAUCCAUGACGGCGUAGUGUGUUACUAAUGGUUUUCUUUGAGACUGUGGUCCCAGCUCUCUUCAGGUCAUUGACUAGGUCCUGCCGUGUAGUUCUGGGCUGAUCCCUGGGCUGAUCCCUCACCUUCCUCAUGAUCAUUGAUGCCCCACGAGGUGAGAUCUUGCAUGGAGCCCCAGACCGAGGGUGAUUGACCGUCAUCUUGAACUUCUUCCAUUUUCUAAUAAUUGCGCCAACAGUUGUUGCCUUCUCACCAAGCUGCUUGCCUAUUGUCCUGUAGCCCAUCCCAGCCUUGUGCAGGUCUACAAUUUUAUCCCUGAUGUCCUUACACAGCUCUCUGGUCUUGGCCAUUGUGGGGAGGUUGGAGUCUGUUUGAUUGAGUGUGUGGACAGAUGUCUUUUAUACAGGUAACAAGUUCAAACAGGUGCAGUUAAUACAGGUAAUGAGUGGAGAACAGGAGGGCUUCUUAAAGAAAAACUAACAGGUUUGUGAGAGCCGGAAUUCUUACUGGUUGGUAGGUGAUCAAAUACUUAUGUCAUGCAAUAAAAUGCAAAUGAAUUACUUAAAAAUCAUACAAUGUGAUUUUCUGGAUUUUCGGCAGUGUAUCAAAUACUUGUUCUCCCCACUGUACAUAUGAGAUGAGGAAAGCAGUAUGUAAACAUUAUUAAAGUGACUAGUGUUCCAUUAUUAAAGUGGCCAGUGAUUUCAAGUCUAUAGGGCAGCAGCCUCUAAGGUGCAGGGUUACAUAACCGGGUGGUAGCCGGCUAGUGAUGGCUAUUUAACAGUCUGAUGGCCUUCAGAUAGAAGCUGUUUUUCAGUCUCUCUGUCCCAGCUUUGAUGCACCUGUACUGACCUCGCCUUCAAAUCAAAUUAUAUUUGUGACAUGCUCCGAAUACAACAGGUGUAGACCUUAGUGAAAUGCAGUUUUAGGUAAGAACACCUAAAAAAAAUAAAAGUAACAAAUAAUUAAAGAGCAGCAGUAAAAUAACAGUAGCAAGGCUAUAUACAGGGGGUGCCGGUACCGAGUCAAUGUGCGGGGGCACCGGUUAGUUGAGGUAACUGAGGACAUGUGGGUAGAAGCUUGGUCCCAGUGAUGUACUGGGCCUUACGCACUACCCUCUGUAGUGCCUUGCGGUCGGAGGCCGAGCAGUUGCCAUACCAAGCAGUGAUGCAACCAGUCAGGAUGCUCUCGAUGGUGCAGCUGUAGAACCUUUUGAGGAUCUGAGGACCCAUGCCAAAUCUUUUCAGUCUCCUUAGGGGGAAUAGGUUUUGUCGUGCCCUCUUCACGACUGUCUUGGUGUGCUUGGACCAUGUUAGUUUGUUGGUGAUGUGGACACCCAGGAACUUGAAGCUCUCAACCUGCUCCACAACAGCCCCAUCGAUGAGAAUGGGGGCGUGCUCGGUCCUCUUCUUUUUCCUGUAGACCACAAUCAUCUCCUUUGUCUUGAUCAUGUUGAGGGAGAGGUUGUUGUCCUGGACCACACGGCCAGGUGUAGACCUUAGUGAAAUGCAGUUUUAGGUAAGAACACCUAAAAAAAAUAAACGUUUUUGCAACUGGAUCGUUGUUGUCAGUGAUCAGGCCUACCACUGUUGUGUUGUCUGCAAACUUAAUGAUGGUGUUGGAGUCGUGCAUGGCCAUGCAGUCAUGAGUGAACAGGGAGUACAGAAGGGGACUGAGCACGCACCCCUGAGGGGCCCCCGUGUUGAGGAUCAGUGUGGUGGAUGUGCUGUUACCUACCCUUACCACCUGGGUGCGGCCCGUCAGGAAGUCCAGGAUCCAGUUGCAGAGGGAGGUGUUUAGUCCCAGGGUCCUUAGCUUAGUGAUGAGCUUUGAGGGCACUAUGGUGUUGAAUGCUGAGCUGUAGUUAAUGAAUAGUAUUUUCACAUAGGUGUUCCUUUUGUCCAGGUGUGAAAGGGCAGUCUGGAGCGCAAUCGAGUGCAUCAUCUGUGGAUCUGUUGGGGCGGUAUGUAAAUUGGAGUGGGUCUAGGGUUUCUGGGAUAAUGGUGUUGAUGUGAGCCCUGACCAGCCUUUCAAAGCACUUCAUGGCUACAGACGUGAGUGUUACGGGUCGGUAGUCAUUUAGGCAGGUUACCUUAGUGUUCUUGGGCACAGGGCUAUGGUGGUCUGCUUGAAACAUGUUGCUAUUACAGACUCAGUCAGGGACAUGUUCAAAAUGUCAGUGAAGACACUUGCCAGUUGGUCAGCGCAUGCUCGGAGUACACAUCCUGGUAAUCCGUCUGGCCCUGCGGCCUUGUGACUGUUGACCUGUUUUAAAGGUCUUACUCACAUCGGCUACGGAGAGCGUGAUCACACAGUCGCCCGGAACAGCUGAUGCUCUCAUGCAUGUUUCAGUGUUACUUGCCUCGACACGAGCACAGAAGUAAUUUAGCUCGUCUGGUAGGCCCGUGUCACUGGGCAGCUCGCGGCUGUGCUUCCCUUUGUAGUCUGUAAUAGUUUGCAAGCCCUGCCACAUCCGACGAGCGUCAGAGCCGGUGUAGUAGGAUUCAAUCUUAGUCCUGUAUUGACUCUUUGCCUGUUUGAUGGUUCGUCGGAGGGCAUAGCGGGAUUUCUUAUAAGCGUCCGGGUUAGAGUCCUGCUUCUUGAAAGUGGCAGCUCUGCCCUUUAGCUCAGUGCGGAUGUUGCCUGUAAUCCAUGGCUUCUGGUUUGGGUAUGUACGUACAGUCACUGUGAGGACGACGUCAUCGAGGCACUUAUUGAUGAAGCCAGAGACUGAUGUGGGGUACUCCUCAAUGCCAUCGGAAGAAUCCCGGAGCAAAUUCCAGUGUGUGCUAGCAAAACAGUCCUUUAGUUUAGCAUCUUGUUCAUCCACUGGACUUUGUGCACGCUGGAAACCACAUCCUGAGGCCACAUUUAUUGUAGCUGGGGACUUUAACAAAGCAAAUCUGAGGAAAACGCUACCGAAGUUCUAUCAACACAUUGCCUGUAGUACUCGCUCUUCAAAAACUAUUGACCAUUGUUACUCUCCCUUCCGGGAUGGCUACAAGGCCCUUCCCCGCACUUCCUUCGAUAAAUCAGAUCACGACUCCAUUCUGCUACCCUUCCUUUAGACGACAACUCAAGCAGGAAGUACCCGUGCUAAGGUCUAUUCAACCCUGGUCUGACCAAUCGUAAUCCAUGGUUCAAGACCCUUUUGAUCUCGUGGACUGGGAUAUGUUCCAGGUAGCCUCUGAGAAUAACAUUGACGUUUACACUGACACGGUGACUGAGUUCAUCAGGAAGUGUAUAGGUGUUGUUCCCACUGUGACUAUUACCUUACCCAAACCAAAAACUGUGGCUAGAUGGCAGCAUUUGUGCAAACCUGAAAGCGCAAACCACCGCAUUUAACCACAGAAAAGUGGUUGGCAUCUGACCGCAAGGGUAUCCCAAGGGUAUCCCGUUCAGCCCAGUACAUCACUGAGGCUGAGCAUCCUGCCAUCCAGGACAUCUAUACCAGGCGGUGUCAGAGAAAGGCCCUACACAUUUUCAGACUCCAGCCACCCAAGUCAUAGACUGUUCUCUCUGCUACGGCAUGGCAAGCGGUACCGAUGCACCAAGUCUGGAACCAACAGGACACUGAACAGCUACAUGUUCUGUAAAAAUCUAUUUCCAUGAUCAAAAUGUGAUUUCUGUUAUUCUGUGCACUGUGGGUGGAUGCCCUAAUGGGUUUACGCACCCAAUGCAUAUGGGGUCCAGUACAUUUCUCAAAUGGCCUGUAAAAUAAAAUUGUCCCGGUCACAUUGUCGGGCGCAAUUUUCCUGACUGAAACCCUGCUGCGUGUUAUUCUGCUGGCCAUUUUUUUUAAUGGUGUGGUCUGGUUGCACGGUUAGGCCAUGAUGUAAGCAUCUUGGCAGGGAGUCCAGUGUGCGUGUGAGAGGAGUGUGUAGGGUUUGACAGACUGCAGUAGUGUCUGAUUGCAGCUCUAGAAGUGAUGAAAUGGCUGCUUUCUUCAUGAUGCAAGAUGUCACCACAGCUUCUUAGUAAGUCAGAUACACUAUAUCAGGGUUGGGCGGUAUCCAGAUCUUCAUACAGUUUCUCUACCAUUCCGGAGUAUAUGGUAUUACCGAAUGUGCACGCAAGGGGUGCUAUUUCGGCAACAGGGAUCUUGAUCCAGGAGGGGUUUGAAUGUCAAGAAGCUUGAGAUAAACAUCUAACAAGUUAGCAAACCAAAUGCAUAGCUGGAUUCCUGAGCUGGAUAUCAUUUAUUUGACACAUCUUAGAUAUCUUAUAGUUAUACUUAAUUUAUAGUUAUAAGCAGUGGCGUAGCAUGCAACCCGCCUCAAAUGUAUUCAUUAUUUUAAACGUUAUUGUAAAUUUCGAAAUAUCCCGUUGUAUGGUAUAAACGGUAUAUUGGCCUACACCACAGCUUCCUUGACGGGUGAAGGCAGUGCGUUUAGUGUGGUUGUUUCUCCACUAUGAAUAAAUCAGCAAAGACAAGCUAUCUUACAUCAUCUAGCAAUGACUCUCUUCAGAGAAUUGUUAGUAGUAGUGAAACUGUAAUCCGUCACGGUCCACCUACUGAAAUGAUUGGUCUGGGUUGAAAUUGAUCUACUAGCCUCAUCUUUUUAGGGGGUAGAUCAGCUUUAAUAUUGCAGAUAGAUUGUAACUUCCAUCAAUGUAAUUGUCUGCAUCACUUCCAAUCCCCCAUAUGUUUUUUUUAUCUCGCAAAUAUAUCUACAUACAUCUACAUACAUAUAAAUACAUCUACAUACAUAUAUAUACAUAUCCUUUAAAAAUAUAUAUUUCCCUUUAUUACUUUCCAACCCCGCCACCCCUUCCCUAAUUGGAGUAAACUAGUGAACAACAAUGCUUAGGCCUAUAUUUCCAGCUUAUACAUACUAUAUACAUUUUAUGGACACAGUCAAUUUUACAAUAAUUCUAUUUUGUUUGUUUUUACUCCUGAACUCAACCUCUCCGAUCAUUUUCAUGAUGUCAAUCCGGUUUGCUUCUAUAUGCCAUAUCUUUCAAACUGUGCUCUUUCACAAAAGUUCUCAACCUAUAACCUAUAUACUUAUUAUGGACACAGUAUGUUUUACAUUAGUUAUUUUGUUGUUAUUAGUUAUUAGUCCCAUCCUUCAUCUCCGUUCAACACCUCCCAUCUAUCUCUUAACACCAUCCAUAUUGGAUUUCUAUUUGCCAUAUAUUUUUCAACUGUGAGGUUUCACAAAAGUUCUGAACCCUUCUAUUCUCAUAGUUUCUACAGAUUGUAAAUUGAAAAUAUAUUUUUUUGUUAAAAGUAUUAUUAUUAUUAUCUCCCGAGUGGCGCAGUGGUCUAAGGCACUGCAUCACAGUGCUAGUGCUAGCUGUGCCACUAGAGAUCCUGGUUCGAAUCCAGGCUCUGUCGUAGCUGGCCGUGACCGGGAGACCCAUGGGGCGGCGCACAAUUGGCCCAGCGUCGUCCAGGGUAGGGGAGGGAAUGGCCAGCAGGGAUGUAGCUCAGUUGGUAGAGCAUGGCGUUUGCAAUGCCAGGGUUGUGGGUUCGAUUCCCACGGGGGGCCAGUAUGAAAAAAUAAAAAAUGUAUGCACUCACUAACUGUAAGUCGCUCUGGAUAAGAGCGUCUGCUAAAUGACUAAAAUGUACAAAUGUAAAUGUAUUAUUGAUCGAUUGUCUAUGACUUUUCAGAUCAUCCAGUAAUGCUAUCUGCAGGGUUAGCUCCAGGUAAAUAUUGCAAUCCUUUAGACAUUCCUGAACCUGUGACCAAAAACAAGCUACAAAUGGACAGUACCAAAACAAAUGAUCUAAGGAUUCUGUCUCUUCGUAGCAAAAUCUGCAGAGCUGGGAAGAUUGUAUCCAUUUUACAUUUUAGUCAUUUAGCAGACGCUCUUAUCCAGAGCGACUUACAGUUAGUGAGUGCAUACAUUUUCAUACUGGCCCCCCGUGGGAAACGAACCCACAACCCUGGCGUUGCAAGCGCCAUGCUCUACCAACUGAGCUACAGGGGACAUAUAAAUAACAUUCUAUUGGUAGCAAGAAUUUUGUACAAUAAUUUAAUUUAAGCUUUGAAUCCGGCGUCGUUUUGCCUGUCAGUUCAUAAACACUAUGCCAUGGAAUCGGUAUGUCAAAAAUCUCUUCCCCAACUAUUUUGCAAUCUAUAUGGGACGGCUGUCAAUCCUUUGGUCCUUAAAUGAAACUGGUAUACUUGUUUAUUUAUCACAAUUUUCUUUAACCAAUUAUGUUCUUUAACCAACUUUUUCCCUCUUCCACUUUCCUCUUCCAUUUUUGCGGUAAUGCUGCAAUUAUUUGGUUUUAAUUUUGGGUAGAGCAGACAUUUCCAUAUGUUUUUGCUAGCUGCAUGUGUGACAACUCCACCAGUUCUACUUAUGAUAUAAUUUACAAAGAUUAUACAUUUUUUAAAACAUUUUUUCAAAAAAGUAUGUUUUUUUUAUCAGUGUAUUUUGAGUUUAACCACAAUAUUUGUUGCAUUAUUUGUUCUGUCGUUUCUGGAGUAUUAAAUUGAAAUUGCAACCAACUUUCUAUGACUUGUUUUAGAAAUAGUGAUAUUUGGGAGAUUAUUUCCUUUUCAAAUAACUGAAAGUGAGAGGUUGUAAUCUUAAUAAAGGGAAAAAGGCAAUUUUUGAACAUUGGGUGAGACAAUCUUACUAAUUUGCUAGAGAACCAGUUCAGAUUUAAGUAUAACUUUUGUAUGACUGAAGCUUUUAGUGAUAGGUCUAAUGCUUUAAAAUUUAAUAAUUUCUGUCCUCCGAAUUCAUAUUCAUUAUAUAAAUAGGCCCGUUUUAAUUUUGUCUGGCUUGCCGUUCCAAAUAAAAUUGAAUAUUUUUUUCUCAUAUAAUUUAAAGACCUGUUCGCUAGGCGUAGGCAAGACCAUAAACAAAUAGGUAAACUGGGAUAAUACUAAAAAGUUAAUCAGGGUGAUUUUUUUUCCCCACAAAUAGACCGGUAUUUACCUUUCCAUGGUAGCAAGAUCUUAUCUAUUUUUGCUAAAUUUCUAUUAAAAUGUAUUGGAGUGAGAUCAUUUAUUUCUUUUGGGAUAUGUAUUCCGAGUAUAUCCACAUCACCAUCAGACCAUUUUUAUUGGUAAACUACAUGGUAAUGUAAAAAUAGUAUUUUUUUUACUGAUCCAAUACGUAAUAUAGUACAUUUGUCAUAAUUUGGUUGUAAUCCAGAGGUUAGAAAAUGUAUCUAGAUCCUCUAUGAGGCUGUGGAGGGAUUCAAUAUGUGGAUUUAAAAGAAAACAACAUGAAUCAUCAGCGUAUAAUGACACACUUUUGUUUUUAAGCCCUGGAUUUCUAAUCCCUUGAUAUUAUUGUUGGAUCUGAUUUUUUAAUAGCUAACAUUUCGAUGGCCCUAAUAAAUAGAUAUGCUGAUAGUGGACAACCUUGUUUUACUCCUCUUGACAUUUUAAAACCUUCUGAGAAAUAGCCAUUAUUUACUAUUUUACACCUAGGGUUACUAUACAUGAUUUUAACCCAUUUUAUAACAUUUACAUUUUAGUCAUUUAGCAGACGCUCUUAUCCAGAGCGACUUACAGGAGCAAUUAGGGUUAAGUGCCUUGCUCAAGGGCACAUUUACGUCAUUUAGCAGACGCUCUUAUCCAGAGCGACUACAAAUUGGUGCAUUCACCCUAUAGCCAGUGGGAUAACCACUUUACAAUUAUACUUUUUUUUUUUUUUUUUGGGGGGGGUUAGAAGGAUUACUUUAUCCUAUCCCAGGUGUUCCUUAAAGAGGUGGUUUCAAAUGUCUCCGGAAGGUGGUGAGUGACUCCGCUGUCCUGGCGUCGUGAGGGAGCUUGUUCCACCAUUGGGGUGCCAGAGCAGCGAACAGUUUUGACUGGGCUGAGCGGGAACUAUGCUUCCGCAGAGGAAGGGGAGCCAGCAGGCCAGAGGUGGAUGAACGCAAUGCCCUCGUUUGGGUGUAGGGACUGAUCAGAGCCUGAAGGUACGGAGGUGCCGUUCCCCUCACUGCUCCAUAGGCAAGCACCAUGGUCUUGUAACGGAUGCGAGCUUCAACUGGAAGCCAGUGGAGUGUGCGGAGGAGGGGGGGUGACGUGAGAGAACUUGGGAAGGUUGAACACCAGACGGGCUGCGGCAUUCUGGAUGAGUUGUAGGGGUUUAAUGGCACAGGCAGGGAGCCCAGCCAACAGCGAGUUGCAGUAAUCCAGACGGGAGAUGACAAGUGCCUGGAUUAGGACCUGUGCCGCUUCCUGUGUAAGGCAGGGUCGUACUCUCCGAAUGUUGUAGAGCAUGAACCUGCAGGAUCGGGUCACCGCCUUGAUGUUAGCGGAGAACGACAGGGUGUUGUCCAGGGUCACGCCAAGGCUCUUCGCACUCUGGGAGGAGGACACAACGGAGUUGUCAACCGUGAUGGCGAGAUCAUGGAACGGGCAGUCCUUCCCCGGGAGGAAGAGCAGCUCCGUCUUGCCAGGGUUCAGCUUGAGGUGGUGAUCCGUCAUCCAUACUGAUAUGUCGGCCAGACAUGCAGAGAUGUGAUUCGCCACCUGGUUAUCAGAAGGGGGAAAGGAGAAGAUUAGUUGUGUAUCGUCAGCGUAGCAAUGAUAGGAGAGGCCAUGUGAGGAUAUGACAGAGCCAAGUGACUUGGUGUAUAGGGAGAAAAGGAGAGGGCCUAGAACUGAGCCCUGGGGGACACCAGUGGUGAGAGCACGUGGUGCGGAGACAGCUUCUCGCCACGCCACUUGGUAGGAGCGACCGGUCAGGUAGGACGCAAUCCAGGAGUGAGCCGCGCCGGAGAUGCCCAGCUCGGAGAGGGUGGAGAGGAGGAUCUGAUGGUUCACUGUAUCAAAGGCAGCAGACAGGUCUAGAAGGACAAGAGCAGAGGAGAGAGAGUUAGCUUUAGCAGUGCGGAGAGCCUCCGUGACACAGAGAAGAGCAGUCUCAGUUGAAUGACCAGUCCUGAAACCUGACUGGUUUGGAUCAAGAAGGUCAUUCUGAGAGAGAUAGCAAGAGAGUUGGCUAAAGACGGCACGCUCAAUAGUUUUGGAAAGAAAAGAAAGAAGGGAUACUGGUCUGUAGUUGUUGACAUCAGUGGGAUCGAGUGUUGGUUUUUUGAGAAGGGGUGCAACUCUCGCUCUCUUGAAGAUGGAAGGGACAUGGCCAGCGGUCAAGGAUGAGUUGAUCAGCGAGGUGAGGUAGGGGAGAAGGUCACCGGAGAUGGUCUGGAGAAGAGAGGAGGGGAUGGGGUCAAGCGGGCAGGUUGUUGGGCGGCCUGCAGUCACUAGUCGCAAGAUUUUAUCUGGAGAGAGAGGGGAGAAAGAAGUCAAAGCAUAGGGUAGGGCAGUGUGAGCAGGACCAGCAGUGUCAUUUGACUUAACAAACGAGGAUCGGAUGUCGUCAACCUUCUUUUCAAAGUGGUUGACAAAGUCAUCCACAGAGAGGGAGGAGGGGGGGGGGGGGGGGGGAUUCAGCAGUGAGGAGAAUGUGGCAAAGAGCUUCCUAGGGUUAGAGGCAGAUGCUUGGAAUUUAGAGUGGUAGAAAGUGGCCUUAGCAGCAGAAACAGAUGAAGAAAAUGUAGAGAGGAGGGAGUGAAAAGAUGCCAGGUCGGCAGGGAGUUUAGUUUUCUUCCAUUUCCGCUCAGCUGCCCGGAGCUCUGUUCUGUGAGCUCGCAAUGAGUCAUCAAGCCACGGAGCUGGAGGGGAGGACCGAGCCGGCCGGGAGGAUAGGGGACACAGAGAGUCAAAGGAUGCAGAAAGGGAGGAGAGGAGGGUUGAGGAGGCAGAAUCAGGAGAUUGGAGGGAGAAGGAUUGAGCAGAGGGAAGAGAUGAUAGGAUGGAAGAGGAGAGAGUAGUGGGAGAGAGAGAGCGAAGGUUGCGGCGGCGCGUUACCAUCUGUGUAGGGGCAGAGUGAGUAGUGUUGGAGGAGAGCGAGAGAGAAAAGGAUACAAAGUAGUGGUCGGAGACAUGGAGGGGAGUUGCAGUGAGAUUAGUAGAAGAGCAACAUCUAGUAAAGAUGAAGUCAAGCGUAUUGCCUGCCUUGUGAGUGGGGGGGGGAUGGUGAGAGGGUGAGGUCAAAAGAGGAGAGGAGUGGAAAGAAGGAGGCAGAGAGAAAUGAGUCAAUGUAGACGUAGGGAGGUUGAAAUCCCCCAAAACUGUGAAGGGUGAGCCAUCCUCAGGAAAGGAACUUAUCAAGGCGUCAAGCUCAUUGAUGAACUCUCCAAGGGAACCUGGAGGGCGAUAGAUGACAAGGAUAUUAAGCUUAAAUGGGCUAGUGACUGUGACAGCGUGGAAUUCAAAUGAGGAGAUAGACAGAUGGGUUAGGGGAAAAAUUGAGAAUGACCACUUGGGAGAGAUGAGGAUUCCUGUGCCACCACCCCUCUGACCAGAUGCUCUCGGGGUAUGCGAGAACACAUGGUCAGACGAGGAGAGAGCAGUAGGAGUUGCAGUGUUUUCAGUGGUAAUCCAUGUUUCCGUCAGCGCCAGGAAGUCGAGGGACUGGAGGGUUAGCAUAGGCUGGGAUGAAGUCAGCCUUGUUGGCGGCAGAACGGCAGUUCCAGAGGCUGCCUGAGACCUGGAACUCCAGGUGUGUGGUGCGUGCAGGGACCACCAGGUUAGAGAGGCAGCAGCCACGCGGUGUGAGGCGUUUGUGUAGCCUGUGCGGAGAGGAGAGAACAGGGAUAGGCAGAGGCAAUCUUUGACAGGCUGCAGCAGAUGGCUACAAUAAUGCAGAGGAGAUCGGAAUGAAAUGAACUAAACAUCUGGGAAAGGAGAGAGCAGGCCUCCCUCACCAAAAAAAAAAAAUUAUAUAUAUAACUCUCCCAACUUCCACCUCAGAAACUAUAAUUGUUUCACUGAACCACCCGAGUAAAACUCUCCCAACUUCCACUUUAGAAAUUAGAAUUGUUGUAAACUACAGCAGACUGUUAUAUAUAAACUCCAGUCGUACGUUAUCAAAAGCCUUUUCGAAGUCUGCUAUGAAUACCAGGUCUGGUUUCCCAGAUUUUCCAUAGUGUUCUAUGAUUUCCAGUACUUGCCUUAUAUUAUCUCCAAUGUAUCUUCCAUGUAAAAAGCCUGUCUGAUUAGAAUGAUACCUUUUUUAUUCUUGUUUAAAAUACAUUUUGCUAGGAUUUUUGCAUCACAACACUGAAGUGUAAGGAGCCUCCAAUUUUUUAAAUGGACUGGAUCUUUAUAUUUCCCACUUGUAUCCUGUUUCAGUAAUAAUGAAAUCAGACCUUCUUCUUGAGUGUCAGAUAAUCUAGCAUUCACAUAGGAGUGGUUAAAACAUGCUAAUAACGGUCCUCUGAGUAUAUCAAAAAAGGUUUGGUAUACCUCAACUGGUAUGCCAUCCGACCCUGGAGUUUUCGCGGACUUAAUGUCGUUAAUUGCAUCCAGAAGUUCCUCCUCUGUAAUUUCACAUGAGUCUUUCUGUAUGGCUGUUAAUUCUACGUUAUCAAUAGAAAAAAAAUCCCUACAAUUAGCUUCAUUUAGAGGAGAUGGAGGCGACUGAAACGAAAACAUGUCCUUAAAGUACUUUUGUUUCUCCUUCAAAAUAUCAUUUGGUGAAUCAUGUGUGACUCCGUCAUCUUUUUGGUAGCAUUUCUAUGUUGAAGAUUAAAAAAUAAUUUGGUGAAUUUUUCCCCAUAUUCCAUCCAGUUUGCUUUAUUUUUAAUAAUAUAUUACACUUGAUCUUUCUUAAAUAAGGUCCUCCAUUUCUUUUUGUUUUUCCUCUAAUUUAUUCUGAGCCUCUAUGUUACAGUUUUUAUUGCUAUCUAUCUGUUCUGUUAGACCUUCUAUUUCCUUUGUUAGUAUUGACUCUCUUGACCUAAAUUGCUUUGGUUUUCGAGAUGAGUACUGAAUUGCAUGGCCUCUAAAAGCACAUUUUAAAAGUGUCCCAUACAGGAAGGGGAUUUGCUGUACCUAUGUUAUGUUGGAAACAUUCACUUAAAUGUCUCUGUCGUAGUUAAAAACAAGUGACUGUUGAUUCUUUUAUAUACAGUGCAUUCGGGAAGUAUUCAGACCCCUUGACUUUUUCUGCAUUUUGUUACGUUACAACCUUAUUCUAAAAUGGAUUAAAUAAAUAUAAAAUCCUCAUUAAUAUAAGCACAAUGCACCAUAAUGACAAAGUGAAAACAGGUUUUUAAACAUUUUGAGCAGAUUUAUUACAAAUAAAAAACAGUUACCUUAUUUACAUAAGUAUUCACCCUUUGCUAUGAUACUUGAAAUUGAGCUCAGGUCCUGUUUCCAUUGAUCAUCCUUGAGAUGUUUCUACAACUUGGAGUCCACCUGAUUGGAUAUGAUUUGGAAAGGCACACACCUGUCUAUAUAAGGUCCCACAGUUGACAGUGCAUGUCAGAGAAAGCAAGGCAUGAGGUCGAAGGAAUUGUCUGUAGAGCUCUGAGACAGGAUUGUGUCGAGGCACAGAUCUGGGGAAGGGUACCAAAAAAUGUCUGCUGUAUCGAAGGUCCCCAAGAACACAGUGGCCUACAUCAUUCGUAAAUGGAAGAAGUUUGGAACCACCAAGACUCUUCCUAGAGCUGGCCGCCCGGCCAAACUGAGCAAUCGGGGUAGAAGGGCCUUGGUCAGGGAGGUGACCAAGAACCCGAUGGUCACUCUGACAGAGCUCCAGAGUUCCUCUGCGGAGAUGGGAGAACCUUCCAGAAGGACAACCAUCUCUGCAGCACUUCACCAAAUCAGGCCUUUAUGGUAGAGUGGCCAGACGGAAGCCACUCCUCAGUAAAAGGCACAUGACAGCCCGCUUGGAGUUGACCAAAAGGCAGCUAAAGGACUCUCAGACCAUGAGAAACAAGAUUCUCUGGUCUGAUGAAACCAAGUACAAAAUGUGAAAAAAGUCAAGGGGUCUGAAUACUUUCCGAAUGCACUGUAGGAAUGGGUCGUGACGACAUGAGGGUGGAUAAUAACACUUGUUCUGUGGGUGUGUUGCAGUCACCCAUGGCUGCAUAGUGUCUACAAUCAAGCUGUUUCUACCGGAUGGCAUGGAAGCUCGACGACGAUCAGAGUAAGUACUUAGUUACAUUGUACCUGAGUUCAUGAAUGGAAAUAAUACUGAGGCAUUACAAACAACCAGGUAAACAAAGACUGUAUAAUGCAGGGUGUCCACCCACUCUGCCCAGGUAUAAAAUAAAUUUUACCAAGACAAAUAUGAUUUGUUCUGAUUAGUUCAGUGGGGUCUUUCUCUAACAUGUAAUUAACAAUAUAUCCAAAAAGUCAGAUUUUGUAACCUGAUAUAUCCAAUAAUAAGCAUCAAGCUCAGACAGAGCGGUGGCACAGCAACUUUUCAGGAUUUACAUGUUUUGGUCGUCUGCAAAGUUCUUUCCACAGUUCGCAAAAAGCCAAAUUAACAUGAAACGAGCUGAAUUACAUGUAAAAAACAGCCAAAUUAACAAGACACGAGCUGAACUACAUGUAAAAAAAACAGCCAAAUUAACAUGACACAAACUGGAUUACAUGUAAAAAACUGCUGAAUUACAUGGGGAAAAAACAGCCAAAUGUGACGACCGGCUCGAUUCGAUCUUAUGUAGUAAAAUUUGACAUUGUGUUUUUUUACAUUGGAUAAAAGUAGAGACUCAGAACUAGAAAAUGGUAUAUCAUACACUGCAGUUGAGGAACAAUGGGAAAUUUAAUUCUGCUUUGAAAGUUGAUAAACCUACUGAAGAGCUCUUCUUUGUUUACAACCAUUCAGCAUCGUUCACACCCUCUUAAGCUUUAGCCCCACCCAGUUCUUUAAGGAUUCACAUGUGAGGCCAUGUGCUAAACUACCAAAGAUUUCAAGACUAAAGGCUGGUUUAUUCUACGGGUGUGUUCAUAAAUUCAAUCUGGAGUGCCAGUGUGUGCUCAGUGCGCUCUUGGCGUUCGUAACUCAGAGCGUUGUUAAGAUUGUCCGUUCGUAAAUUCAGAGCGUUUCGCUCUCUGUCUGUUCAGAGCGCACACUGGACUCGCUGGCCGAGGAGUAGGGUCUUCCGAGCAUUCUGACCUAACAGCAGUCAAGCACCCGAGCUAACGUUGGCUAGCUUGCUAGCUACUUCCAGACACAAAUAUGGGAACAGCUCACUCUGACCAUUUUACUCGCCCUAGCAGAGCUGGUUAGGCAGUUUUUAUGUUAUCCAGAGCGUUGGUGACUGCAACUGUGCUGCUGGCAACAAUUUAAUUAAGCUUUUUUGCCAACGGUUACUGACAGCGGCCAUAUUCAACAGGUGUUAAGCGUUCGUAAAUUCGUCAGUUAUUCUGCGCUCUGGCACACUCAGACGAGAGUGCUCUGAAAUCGGAGUAGAUAGCCAGAGCGAAUUUACCAGCUACGUCUAUCGACAGUUUUCGCAGUGACAUGAACAUUCUAUUGAAAUGGUUAUUUGCAUAGUGGAGUCUUUUGUUUAGACAUGUAGCUAGCUAGUUAAACAAUGAACCAUAAUCCCAACUCAUAAUGUUACUAUCCUGCAUGAAUCUGCGGGUAGCUAACUAACCAGGUUAAAUGUUAACUAGCUAGCUAACAUUAGGCUAUAACUAGCAAUGCAAAUGGCUCUGAGAUACGAAUAAUAUUACUAGACAGAUCAUAGCUAGCUAGCUAACAGUACGCUUUAACUUUUAAUUCAAAAUUAGAAACGUGUAAUAUCUGAAAAUGUAGCUAGCUAAACUAUCUUACCCGUAUACAUGGAUGGACGCUUCUCCCUCUCUGUCACGGAUGCCAUGGUUGCCCUUAGUUUGAAGAUGUAAUCCGGAGACAGAUGUUUUAUACAACAGCCUUCUGUGUUUUUCUUUUCGACUCCGUCUGUAUAUUUGCAAUCAAACGCCAGAAUUUUCUCCAUCUCCUUAGCUAUCAUACUCUAAUUCCACUGUGCAUUCCACUGAUUUCAAAACUCGGUCCUCCAGAAAGUGGAGAGCAACACCUUUUGUAUUUCUACUACGUGAUAUCUUUCAAAAAAGGCUGCGUUAGAAAGGAUUACCUACAUAUACUGACCAGCUCAUGUUAUAGACAGAAGCUGCUACAUGGCAGACCAAUCCAAACUCAUCUCUCGGCAUGUCCAGCCCAUCCAUUAUCAAUCAAUCACGUUUAUUUGUAAAGCCCUUUUUACAUCGGCAGAAACCCAGCCUAAAACCCCAAACAGCAAGCAAUGCAGAUGUAGAAGCACGGUGGCUAGGAAAAACUCCCUUGAAAGGCAGAAACCUAGAGAGGAACCAGGCUCUGAGGGGUGGCCAGUCCCCUUCUGGCUGUGCCGGGUAGAGAGGAACCAGGCUCUGAGGGGUGGCCAGUCCCCUUAUGGCUGUGCCGGGUGGAGAUUAUAACAGUACAUGGCCAUUAAGGCCAGAUUUUUCUCCAAGAUGUUGAAACGUUCAUAGAUGACCAGCAGUGUGAAAUAAUAAUCACAGUGGUUGUAGAGGUUGCAACAGGUCAGUACAUCAGGAGUAAAUGUCACUUGGCUUUUCAUAGCCGGGCAUUUAGAGAGAGCGGUAGAGAGAGAGAGGGAGAGGUAGAGCGGGAGAGGCAGAGAGAGAGCAAGCUUUUUCUGAGAAGUCUACAUCUGUAGGACAGUGGACUGGAGAAGGUUGUGUGUUUGUGUUGUUGUGUGUUUGUUGUUGUGUGUUUUUGUGUGUUGUGUGGUUUUUAUUGGACACAUUAAUUGCUCACAGAAUGCUUCCCUUGGCAGACCAGACCACUCGCUCACCCUCUCUCUCCUGCUUUCCUUCACUCGCUGUCUCUUCUCUCUCUCUGUGUCCCUUGGCUCCAUCACAGGAGAGGUCUGAUUGCCCACUGUAACCACAUGGAAACAGGCCAGCCACUCAGACCGUGCUUCAGGCAUCCUACAGCAGCAGGUUGUAGUCAGUCAGCCAGCAGGUUAUACAGACUAGAGAGAAAUAAUACCCAUGCAGGACAGGAAUCUAUAGAAAGACCUUCUCUAUGACAUGAGCCAGAGGAAAACCCUGUGUUGCCCUGGUAUGACUGGCUGGCUGCAGUAAGAGGCCUGGCUGGCUGGCUGGUUGCCUGGCUGGCUGCAAUACGAGUCCUGGCUGGCUGGCUGCUUGCCUGGCUGGCUGCAAUACGAGUCCUGGCUGGCUGCAAUACGAGUCCUGGCUGGUUGCAAUACGAGGCCUGGCUGGCUGCAAUAAGAGGCCUGGUUGGCUGGCUGGUUGCCUGGCUGGCUGCAAUAAGAGGCCUGGCUGGCUGGCAGGUUGCUGGCUGGCUGGUUGCCUGGCUGGCUGCAAUAAGAGGCCUGGCUGGCUGGCUGGCUGGUUGCUGGCUGGUUGGCUGUGGCCCUGACUGACUGACUCUGGGUGACUGACGGGGUGGCUGUUGCCCUGACAGGCUGGCUGUAGCUCUGCUGACCCCUAUCAAUCUACCCCUCCCUCCGCUGACUCAGACACCACCAUUGAAACCCUCAGGGAGCGCAGGGCCCUAUAACAUCUGUUGAAGAGAAUGUGGCUGGAAUCUCGGAAUAAACAGACAUUGAAACGGAAUUAAACAAUAUACACAAAUGUAUUGAACUUAGUAGGAAAUCAACUAAAUGUAUUGAACUAAUUAGAAAAUGCAUUAAUUUGCCUAAGAUUACCACGUUAUGGUGGUGGUAAAACCCAUUAACUAUCUCUUUCUGCAUUAGCCACCCAUCUGUUAUUGGUGGACAGUUACAGCAUAUUAGUAUUGUCUGUGUGGUCAGUUCUGUGGCAGAAUUUGUCAGUUCAACUGUUUUGGAGGACUUUUUAAGCAAGUGAAAUGGGCGCCACAAAUAUUUGACUACUCACCGGAUUUCCUUCAGAAUCUCAGGAAACGUACUUUACCUCUGGUUCAUCACAUCAAAGAGAAGCUUCUGAAAAACCAUGUUCUGUGAACUAGAAGCCAUCCAAGAGGAAUCCAGGCUGGCCUAGGUAAACAAAGCAAGAUCCACACUGUUGUUGCUAUCAGGCCUGCCAAAACUGUCAGUCAUGUAGAAGUGCCAAGGGACAGUCUUUCACUGCAAUAAAGAAAGCAGAAGAUGCAAAAGCUUCCCACUGUCUGACAAAUAUCCUAACCUGCAAUUCCAGAUCCCUGCUAAUAAAAGUUUGAACUUCUACUCAGAUCAUCAGAAAUGGGUUGUGUAACAGAAACAUGGGCACAUGAAAACAUUGCAGAUGAUUCCCCAGAGGGUAUUCAGACGUGACCCAAAUCCUUGUCUAAAUAUGAAAGGAGGGGUGGCCAUGUAUGUAGAUGAGUCUCCAGGUUAGGAGACGGGCUGACAUUGAAAGAUGAAUUUGAGUGUCUGUGGAUCCAGUUGCAUCCAGAGCGGCUUCCCAGAUCUCAACAAUUGUUGUUGGGACACUUUACCAUCCUCUAUGGGCUAAUGAGAACAAACUGCAGCAGGACGCUAUCGACUGUCUCAUUAACACAUUUGACUCUGAAGUUUAAGUCACCUGAAGCAGGUAUUGUCUGAUGUGGGGAUUUCAAUCAUGUACCUACCAAGGCCAUCAAGUCUCACCCAGGUCUAAAACAGAUUGUCAAAAACAAGACCUGUGGAGACUCCAUGAUGGAUCUGAUCAGAAUAGACCUCAACACCUACUACAUGGAGACUCCAUGAUGGAUCUGAUCAGAACAGACCUCAACCCGUAGUAUGUGGAGACUCCAUGAUGGAUCAGAACAGACCUCAACACCUACUACAUGGCGACUCCACCUACUACAUGACGACUAUGUGAUCACGCUCUCCGUAGCCGAUGUGAGUAAGACUUUUAAGCAGGUCAACAUUCCCAAGGCCGCAGGGCCAGACGGAUUACCAGGACGUGUAAUCCGAGCAUGUGCUGACCAACUGGCAAGUGUCUUCACUGACAUUUUCAACAUGUCCCUGACUGAGUCUGUAAUACCAACAUGUUUCAAGCAGACCACCAUAGUCCCCGUGCCCAAGAACUCUAAGAUAACCUGCCUUAAUGACUACCGACCCGUAGCACUGACGUCUGUAGCCAUGAAGUGCUUUGAAAGACUGGUCAUGGCUCACAUCAACAGCAUAAUCCCAGAAACCCUAGACCCACUCCAAUUUGCAUACCGCCCCAACAGAUCCACAGAUGAUGCAAUCUCUAUCGCACUCCACACUGCCCUUUCCCACCUGGACAAAAGGAACACCUACGUGAGAAUGCUAUUCAUUGACUACAGCUCAGCAUUCAACACCAUAGUGCCCUCUAAGCUCAUCACUAAGCUAAGGAUCCUGGGACUAAACACCUCCCUCUGCAACUGGAUCCUGGACUUCCUGACGGGCCGCCCCCAGGUGGUAAGGGUAGGUAACAACACAUCUGCCACACUGAUCCUCAACACGGGGGCCCCUCAGGGGUGCGUGCUCAGUCCCCUCCUGUACUCUCUGUUCACCCAUGACUGCAUGGCCAGGCACGACUCCAACACCAUCAUUAAGUUUGCCGACGACACAACAGUGGUAGGCCUGAUCACCGACAACGAUGAGACAGCCUAUAGGGAGGAGGUCAGAGAUCUGGCCGUGUGGUGCCAGGACAACAACCUCUCCCUCAACGUGACCAAGACAAAGGAGAUGAUUGUGGACUACAGGAAAAAAAAGAGGACUGAGCACGCCCCCAUUCUCAUCGACGGGGCUGUAGUGGAACAGGUUGAGAGCUUCAAGUUCCUUGGUGUCCACAUCACCAACGAACUAUCAUGGUCCAAACACACCAAGACAGUCGUGAAGAGGGCACGACAAAGCCUAUUCCCCCUCAGGAGACUAAAAAGAUUUGGCAUGGGUCCUCAGAUCCUCAAAAAAUUCUACAGCUGCACCAUCGAGAGCAUCCUGACUGGUUGCAUCACCGCCUGGUAUGGCAACUGCUUGGCCUCUGACCGCAAGGCACUACAGAGGGUAGUGCGUACGGCCCAGUACAUCACUGGGGCAAAGCUCCCUGCCAUCCAGGACCUCUAUACCAGGCGGUGUCAGAGGAAGGCCCUCAAAAUUGUCAAAGACUCCAGCCACCCUAGUCAUAGACUGUUCUCUCUGCUACCGCACGGCAAGCGGUACCGGAGUGCCAAGUCUAGGUCCAAAAGACUUCUCAACAGCUUCUACCCCCAAGCCAUAAGACUCCUGAACAGCUAAUCAUGGCUACCCGGACUAUUUGCACUGCCCCCCCACCCCAUCCUUUUUACGCUGCUGCUACUCUGUUAAGUAAGUAUUUAUGCAUAGUCACUUUAACUCUACCCACAUGUACAUAUUACCUCAACUACCUCAACUAGCCGGUGCCCCCGCACAUUGACUCUGCAACAGUACCCCCCUGUAUAUAUAGCCUCCCUACUGUCACUUUAUUUUACUGUAUAUAUAGCCUCCCUACUGUCACUUUAUUUUACUUCUGCUCUUUUUUUCUCAACACUUUUUUUGUUGUUGUUUUAUUCUUACUUUUUUUGUUUAAAAUAAAUGCACUGUUGGUUAAGGGCUGUAAGUAAGCAUUUCACUGUAAUGUCUGCACCUGUUGUAAUCGGCGCAUGUGACCAAUAAAAUUUGAUUUGAUGGAUCUGAUCAGAACAGACCUCAACACCUACUACAUGGAGACUCCACGAUGGAUCUGAUCAGUACAGACCUCAACCCGUAGUACAUGGAGACUCCAUGAUGGAUCUGAUCAGAACAGACCUCAACCCGUAGUACAUGGAGACUCCAUGAUGGAUCUGAUCAGAACAGACCUCAACCCGUAGUACAUGGAGACUCCAUGAUGGAUCUGAUCAGAACAGACCUCAACCCCUACUACAUGGAGACUCCAUGAUGGAUCUGAUCAGAACAGACCUCAACACCUACUACAUGGAGACUCCAUGAUGGAUCUGAUCAGAACAGAUCUCAACACCUACUACAUGGCGACUCCAUGAUGGAUCUGAUCAGUACAGCUCCACUACUAGAGUUGGCCCUGCUGGGAUCAGGUUACCACAAGUGUCUGCAGUUCCCACCAGGGUACCUAGCAAGGGGGAAGGACAUGCAAUACAGAGCAGUGCGACGUCUUGAGAUAGGAGGUCCUAGCCUGGUCCUAGCCAUCAGACUGGUGUCUAAGAUGCAGAGAACAUGGAUCAUAGGUUGGAGAGCUCCAACACUAACAUACAGAUUUAAAAAAAACUGCCUGUGACAAUCCAUGGAUGACGGAACAACUAAAAGCGGCCAUUAAGAAAAGGCAUAAAUUAUUUGACGGAUGGGGGGAAAACUACUACGGUUCAAAGGCUCAUCCGAGGGGCUAAGAAAGUACUACACAAAUUAAAUUCAAGUACUCAAAGAAGAAUCCAAGAGUGGUGGGACUUCGUCAACAAAUAGUUUGGUCUAUCAAAAUCAUCUGGAGAAAGAUGCAGAUUGAUGGUGUGGAAACGGACAAUGUUGCUGAUGUCCUGAACAACUUAUUUGCUUAAGCAUGGACAGGAUACAGUUGAAGUCGGAAGUUUACAUACACUUAGGUUGGAGUCAUUAACUUGUUUUUUCAAACACUCCACAAAUUUCUUGUUAAACAUAGUUUUGGCAAGUCGGUUAGGACAUCUACUUUGUGCAUGACACAAGUAAUUUUUCCAACAAUUGUGUACAGACAGAUGAUUUUCACUUAUAAUUCACUGUAUCACAAUUCCAGUGGGUCAGAAGUUUACAUACACUAAGUUGACUGUGCCUUUAAACAGCUUGGAAGAUUCCAGAAAAUGUCAUGGCUUUAGAAGCUUCUGAUAGGCUAAUUAACAUCAUUUGAGUUAAUUGGAGGUGUACCUGUGGAUGUAUUUCAAGGCAUACCUUCAAACCCAGUGCCUCUUUGCUUGACAUUAUGGGGAAAAUCAAAGAAAUCAGCCAAGACCUCAGACAAAAGAUUGUAGACCUCCACAAAGUGCAAAUCAAUCCCAGAACAACAGCAAAUGACCUUGUGAAGAUGCUGGAGGAAACGGGUACAAAAGUAUCUAUAUCCACAGGUAAAUGAGUCCUAUAUCGACAUAAUCUGAAAGGCAGAUCAGCAAGGAAGAAGCCACUGCUCCAAAACCGCCAUAAAGCCAGACUACAGUUUGCAACUGCACAUGGGGACAAAGAUCGUACUUUUUGGAGAAAUGUCCUCUGGUCUGAUGAAACAAAAAUAGAACUGUUUGGCCAUAAUGACCAUCGUUAUGUUUGGAGGGAGCCGAACAACACCAUUCACAACCGUGAAGCACGGGGUGGCAGCGUCAUGCUGUGGGGGUGCUUUGCUGCAGGAGGGACUGGUACACUUCACAAAAUAGAUGGCAUCAUGAGGAAGGAAAAUUAUGUGGAUAUAUUGAAGCAACAUCUCAAGACAUCAGUCAGGAAGUUAAAGCUUGGUCGCAAAUGGGUCUUCCAAAUGGACAAUGACCCCAAGCAUACUUCUAAAGUUGUGGCAAAAUGGCUUAAGGACAACAAAGUCAAGGUAUUGGAUUGGCCAUCACAAAGCCCUGACCUCAAUCCUAUAGAAAAUGUGUGGGCAGAACUGAAAAGGCGUGUGCGAGCAAGGAGGCCUACAAACCUGACUCCGUUACACAAGCUCUGUCAGGAGGAAUGGGCCAAAAUUCACCCAACUUAUUGUGGGAAGCUUGUGGAAGGCUACCCAAAACAUUUGACCCAAGUUAAACAAUUUAAAGGCAAUGCUACCAAAUACUAAUUGAGUGUAUGUAAACUUCUGACCCACUGGGAAUGUGAUGAAAGAAAUAAAAGCUGAAAUAAAUCAUUCUCUCUACUAUUAUUCUGACAUUUCACAUUCUUAAAAUAAAGUGGUGAUCCUAACUGACCUAAGACGGAAUUUUUACUAGGAUUAAAUGUCAGGAAUUGUGAAAAUCCUUAAGUCUUUAUCCUGUUCCUAGGCCUGUUGAUGAGGAAGGAUAACUAUGCCACAUUUGGAGAAAUGAAACAAGCUCUUUUUCAAGACCCUGUCCAAGUAAAAACGUGGUCCAGAUGGUAUCCCCUGGUUACUGAAGGAAUAUGCUGAGCUCAACCGCUAACAUCUGCCCCAUUCCUAAGGUCCUCAGUACCGGAGGGAAAAGUGAUUGAUUGGAGACCAAUCUUUCGGACUGUCUGUGCAAAGUCCGUGAAAGGCUCAUUUGUGAAGAAGCUCAUGCCAGUUGCUCUUGAGGAAUGCAGAAACCAGUAUGCAUACUAAACACAGCACAACACAUGAGCUGUUCAGAGUCACACCCACCUGGCUUACCGAGACCGACUCAACCCACCAUGGUCCGGGUUCUGCUGGCGACCCAAGCUAAACUCCUCCAGCAUCUGUCCGGUCUGUGUUCAAGGCUACUCCCCUGGCUUCACAGCUACCCAACGGGGAGGGUUGUGGUACAUGGACACGUACAGCUCAUGGACAGAGGUAACAUCUGGGGUCCCCCAGGGUGGGGUCGUCUCAAAUUACCUCUUCCUGCUUCACAUGUCCACUUUAAGUCACGUUUGAGGACACACUGGACACUGGCUACGACGACGACAUUGGUCUGUCCCGUGCUUUAAGGCUAGCAAACAUUUGAAAAUGACCUCAAUGGAAGAGGUAAAGGAACUGGAGGAAUGGGCAGCAGAGAACAACAUGCUUCUCAAUGGAAAGGCUGUCCAACUAAGAAUCUGCUUCUCCAAAAAUCCUCCCCUAACCACUAAUACCGGGUGGACUGGCUGUUCCAGUUGGAACCAGCUCCACUAAUUCCGGGUGGACUGGCUGUUCCAGUUGGAACCAGCUCCACUAAUACCGGGCGGACUGGCUGUUCCAGUUGGAACCAGCUCCACUAAUUCCGGGUGGACUGGCUGUUCCAGUUGGAACCAGCUCCACUAAUUCCGGGUGGACUGGCUGUUCUAGUUGGAACCAGCUCCACUAAAACCGGGUGGACUGGCUGUUCCAGUUGGAACCAGCUCCACUAAUACCGGGUGGACUGGCUGUUCCAGUUGGAACCAGCACCACUAUAACUUGUGCAAUACGUUAGGAGAUAAAUCAGAUUGCGUUCUUUAUUUCACCGGUCACAUUAUUUUACAUUAUGAAGCUUACCGUAGUUCCCCAGAACUGUUGAGCCAGUCACGUGCUCGUUGUAAAGCGCACAACAGGAGAAAGCGAGCUGGUGAGUCCAUAGUGUCCUAUAUCUAUCAGUGAGUCCAUAGUGGUCUAUAUCUAUCAGUGAGUCCAUAGUGUUCUAUAUCUAUCAGUGAGUCCAUAGUGUUCUAUAUCUAUCAGUGAGUCCAUAGUGUUCUAUAUCUAUCAGUGAGUCCAUAGUGUUCUAUAUCUAUCAGUGAGUCCAUAGUGUUCUAUAUCUAUCAGUGAGUCCAUAGUGUUCUAUAUCUAUCAGUGAGUCCAUAGUGUUAUAUAUCUAUCAGUGAGUCCAUAGUGUUCUAUAUCUAUCAGUGAGUCCAUAGUGUUCUACAGUUGGGAGAACAAGUAUUUGAUACACUGCCGAUUUUGCAGGUUUUCCUACUUACAAAGCAUGUAGAGGUCUGUAAUUUUUAUCAAAGGUACACUUCAACUGUGAGAGACGGAAUCUAAAACAAAAAUCCAGAAAAUCACAUUUGUAUGAUUUUUAAGUAAUUAAUUUGCAUUUUAUUGCAUGACAUAAGUAUUUGAUCACCUACCAACCAGUAAGAAUUCCGGCUCUCACAGACCUGUUCGUUUUUCUUUAAGAAGCCCUCCUGUUCUCCACUUAUUACCUGUAUUAACAGCACCUGUUUGAACUCAUUACCUGUAUAAAAGACACCUGUCCACACACUCAAUCAAACAGACUCCAACCUCUCCACAAUGGCCAAGACCAGAGAGCUGUGUAAGGACAUCAGGGAUAAAAUUGUAGACCUGCACAAGGCUGGGAUGGGCUACAGGACAAUAGGCAAGCAGCUUGGUGAGAAGGCAACAACUGUUGGUGCAAUUAUUAGAAAAUGGAAGAAGUUCAAGAUGACGGUCAAUCACCCUCGGUCUGGAGCUCCAUGCAAGAUCUCACCUCGUGGGGCAUCAAUGAUCAUGAGGAAGGUGAGGGAUCAGCCCAGAACUACACGGCAGGACCUGGUCAAUGACCUGAAGAGAGCUGGGACCACAGUCUCAAAGAAAACCAUUAGUAACACACUACGCCGUCAUGGAUUAAAAUCCUGCAGCGCACGCAAGGUCCCCCUGCUCAAGCCAGCGCAUGUCCAGGCCCGUCUGAAGUUUGCCAAUGACCAUCUGGAUGAUCCAGAGGAGGAAUGGGAGAAGGUCAUGUGGUCUGAUGAGACAAAAAUAGAGCUUUUUGGUCUAAACUCCACUCGCCGUGUUUGGAGGAAGAAGGAUGAGUACAACCCCAAGAACACCAUCCCAACCGUGAAGCAUGGAGUUGGAAACAUAAUUCUUUGGGUAUGCUUUUCUGCAAAGGGGACAGGACGACUGCACCGUAUUGAGGGGAGGAUGGAUGGGGCCUUGUAUCGAGAUAUUGGCCAACAACCUCCUUCCCUCAGUAAGAGCAUUGAAGAUGGGUCGUGGCUGGGUCUUCCAGCAUGACAACGACCCGAAACACACAGCCAGGGCAACUAAGGAGUGGCUCUGUAAGAAGCUUCUCAAGGUCCUGGAGUGGCCUAGCCAGUCUCCAGACCUGAACCCAAUAGAAAAUCUUUGGAGGGAGCUGAAAGUCCGUAUUGCCCAGCGACAGCCCCGAAACCUGAAGGAUCUGGAGAAGGUCUGUAUGGAGGAGUGGGCCAAAAUCCCUGCUGCAGUGUGUGCAAACCUGGUCAAGACCUACAGGAAACGUAUGAUCUCUGUAAUUGCAAACAAAGGUUUCUGUACCAAAUAUUAAGUUCUGCUUUUGUGAUGUAUCAAAUACUUAUGUCAUGCAAUAAAAUGCAAAUUAUUUACUUAAAAAUCAUACAAUGUGAUUUCUGGAUUUUUGUUUUAGAUUCCGUCUCUCACAGUUGAAGUGUACCUAUGAUAAAAAUUACAGACCUCUACAUGCUUUGUAAGUAGGAAAACCUGCAAAAUCGGCAGUGUAUCAAAUACUUGUUCUCCCCACUGUAUAUCUAUCAGUGAGUCCAUAGUGUUCUAUGUCUAUCAGUGAGUCUCUGUUGUGCGGUGCACAUGAGGUGAUGAAGUUACACUUGUAUGCAAUUUACUACUAAAUGUUUGCCAUCGUGUAUCUUUAUAAUAGCUUUCUGCCGUGUUUUAGAAGUCAAAGAUUUCUUAUCUGUACAGCUGCCAUUUCUGUUGCUUCCUACUAGCGUUGUGUUCCUGCUCCGUUCUCCUCCCCUCUGCUCUGUGAUCACAUGCUGCUCUUCCUGCUCCGUUCUCCUCCCCUCUGCUCUGUGAUCACAUGCUGCUCUUCCUGCUCCGUUCUCCCCCUCCGCUUCAUGUAUACAUGCUGCUCUUCCUGCUCCGUUCUCCUCCCCUCUGCUCUGUGAUCACAUGCUGCUCUUCCUGCUCCGUUCUCCUCCCCUCUGCUUCAUGUAUACAUGCUGCUCUUCCUGCUCCGUUCUCCUCCCCUCUGCUCUGUGAUCACAUGCUGCUCUUCCUGCUCCGUUCUCCUCCCCUCUGCUCUGUGAUCACAUGCUGCUCUUCCUGCUCCGUUCUCCUCCCCUCUGCUUCAUGUAUACAUGCUGCUCUUCCUGCUCCGUUCUCCUCCCCUCUGCUCUGUGAUCACAUGCUGCUCUUCCUGCUCCGUUCUCCUCCCCUCCGCUUCAUGUAUACAUGCUGCUCUUCCUGCUCCGUUCUCCUCCCCUCUGCUCUGUGAUCACAUGCUGCUCUUCCUGCUCCGUUCUCCUCCCCUCUGCUUCAUGUAUACAUGCUGCUCUUCCUGCUCCGUUCUCCUCCCCUCUGCUUCAUGUAUACAUGCUGCUCUUCCUGCUCCGUUCUCCUCCCCUCUGCUUCAUGUAUACAUGCUGCUCUUCUGUCUCCGUUCUCCUCCCCUCUGCUUCAUGUAUACAUGCUGCUCUUUCCUGCUCCGUUCUCCUCCCCUCUGCUUCAUGUAUACAUGCUGCUCUUCCUGCUCCGUUCUCCUCCCCUCUGCUUCAUGUAUACAUGCUGCUCUUCCUGCUCCGUUCUCCUCCCCUCUGCUUCAUGUAUACAUGCUGCUCUUCCUGCUCCGUUCUCCUCCCCUCUGCUUCAUGUAUACAUGCUGCUCUUCCUGCUCCGUUCUCCUCCCCUCUGCUUCAUGUAUACAUGCUGCUCUUCCUGCUCCGUUCUCCUCCCCUCUGCUCUGUGAUCACAUGCUGCUCUUCCUGCUCCGUUCUCCUCCCCUCUGCUUCAUGUAUACAUGCUGCUCUUCCUGCUCCGUUCUCCUCCCCUCUGCUCUGUGAUCACAUGCUGCUCUUCCAUGCUCCUUCCGUUUCUCCUCCCCUCUGCUUCCAUGUAUACAUGCCCUGCUCGUCCUGGCUUCCGUUACUCCUCCCCCUCGCUUUCAUGUAUACAUGCGGCUCGUCCUUCUCCGUUCCUCCUCCCCUCUGCUCUGUGAAUCCACAUGCUGCUCUUCCAUGCUCCGUUCGUCUCCCCUCUUGCUUCAUGUAUACAUGCUGCUCUUCCUUCAGAAAAGCAUGCUUCACAACUUUGUUCAUUUGGACAAUUUCUCUCGUUCACUUUCGCUUGUAAAUGUCCACACUCACCAUAAAUGACAUUCGGUAGCUACUAGCUUGUAUAACUUUAUGAGCUGGAGCUGCAGUUCGUUUGUUCUUUCUCGUUCUUUCUCGGUACAGCCUCAUUUCAAAAUGGAUUAAAUAUAAUUUUUUUCCCGCACCCAUCAACACACAAUACCCCAUUAUGACAAAGUGAAAACAUGUUUUUAGAAAUGUUAGCAAAUUUGUUAAAUGAAAUGCAGAAAUAUUUUUUUUUUGGGACAGUAUGACUUUAACGGUAUUUUAUGUUUUUGAAUAAAAUAAGUUUUAAAAAAAAAAAUCAGUAGUGGGUGGCAAUACAUAUAUUGCAUUCAGAAAGGAUUCAGACGCCUUUUUCCACAUUUUGUUACGUUAUACUUAUUCUAAAUGGAUUAAAUCGUUUUUUCCCCCUCAUCAAUCUACACACAAUACCCCAUAAUGACAAAACAAAAACAGGUUUUUAGGAAUUUGUGCACAUAUACAAAAAAAAAAAAAAAACUGAAAUAUGACAUUCAGACCCUUCACUCAGUACUUUGUUGAAGCACCUUUGGCAGCGAUUACAGCCUUGAGUCUUCUUUAUAUUUAUUAUAUAUAUAUAUAUAUACAUAUACAUACAGUGAGGGGAAAAAAGUAUUUGAUCCCCUGCUGAUUUUGUACGUUUGCCCACUGACAAAGACAUGAUCAGUCUAGUUUUAAUGGUAGGUUUAUUUGAACAGUGAGAGACAGAAUAACAAAAAAAAAAUUGAUUUGUACUUGACCCACUCUCAAUCAAUGAGAGACAGAAUAACACGUUUUAAGUUCGUUGCAGACAGACCAAUGGGAUUUAUAGGAUUUAUUGUUUAUCAGGAAAUGUUCUACCUGCAGGCUGCAAUGUUUUUAUUUGUUGGCUUUAUGUAGGAUAUUUUUAUAUAAUUGGCAAUGGAAGUUACUUUAUAGAUUGAUCAUUUUCAUUUAGAUUUGGAUAGAAUUUAGAUUAACCACAUGACCAUGAUUUUGAGAUAUGAAGACGUUAUUAUAAAUUUAAAUGAAACUGUUUCACGAAAAUGUGUAUAUGAAAACCAUUACUGGCACGCAGAUCGGUAGAAAUGGUAAAUUGGCAUGAGAAGUUGCCGACUCAUCGUGUAGCCUAUUACCGGCAACUUCAGGAGAGUAAUGGCAGAAAUCGGCGAAAGCCAGCAGGAGGAGAAUAGUUGGGUCAUUUUAAGGUUUUUUCUUCUGGUUAUCUAGAUCUCUGGCGCCCUCUUGAGGCAUCAAACCGUAGGCUGUAAAGCAUCAGACAACCUCAGUGCACAUAGUUGAUUUUAUUGAAACAUGUAUACGGAAAAAUUCACGUUUAAAAAUGUAGAGCAAUCGAUUGGUCGAUUUUGUUUUUGUCACACACACUACCAGUCAAACGUUUGGACACAUCUAUUCAUUCAAGGGUUUUCUUUAUUUUUACUAUUUUUUUAACGUUGUAAAAUGCUGUUUAAUCAGCUUCUUGAUAUGCCACACCUGUCAGGUGGAUGGAUUAUCUUGGAAAAGGAGAAAUGCUCACUAACAGGGAUGUAAACACAUUUGUGCCCAACAUUUGAGAGAAAUAAGCUUUUUGUGCAUAUGGACAAUUUUUGCCAUCUUUUAUUUCAACACUUUACAUGUUGCGUUUCUAUUUUCGUUCAGUGUAUAGGGUGCCAUUCAGACGCAGACUAUUAUAUUAACCGUUUAAUUUCUGUUGUAUAACUGUUUAUAUAAUGCACUGCUCAAACAAAUAAAGGGAACACUAAAAUAACACAUCCUAGAUCUGAAUGAAUGAAAUAAUCUUAUUAAAUACUUUUUUCUUUACAUAGUUGAAUGUGCUGACAACAAAAACACACCAAAAUUAUCAAUGGAAAUCAAAUGUAUCAACCCAUGGAGGUCUGGAUUUGGAGUCACCCUCAACAUUAAAGUGGAAAACCACACUACAGGCUGAUCCAACUUUGAUGUAAUGUCCUUAAAACAAGUCAAAAUGAGGCUCAGUAGUGUGUGUGGCCUCCACGUGCCUGUAUGACCUCCCUACAACGCCUGGUCAUGCUCCUGAUGAGGUGGCGGAUGGUCUCCUGAGGGAUCUCCUCCCAGACCUGGACUAAAGCAUCCGCCAACUCCUGGACAGUCUGUGGUGCAACGUGGCGUUGGUGGAUGGAGCGAGACAUGAUGUCCCAGAUGUGCUCAAUUGGAUUCAGGUCUGGGGAACGGGCAGGCCAGUCCAUAGCAUCAAUGCCUUUCUCUUGCAGGAACUGCUGACACACUCCAGCCACAUGAGGUCUAGCAUUGUCUUGCAUUAGGAGGAACCCAGGGCCAACCGCACCAGCAUAUGGUCUCACAAGGGGUCUGAGGAUCUCAUCUCGGUACCUAAUGGCAGUCAGGCUACCUCUGGCGAGCACAUGGAGGGCUGUGCGGCCCCCCAAAGAAAUGCCACCCCACACCAUGACUGACCCACGCCAAACCGGUCAUGCUGGAGGAUGUUGCAGGCAGCAGAACGUUCUCCACGGCGUCUCCAGACUCUGUCACGUCUGUCACAUGUGCUCAGUGUGAACCUGCGUUCAUCUGUGAAGAGCACAGGGCGCCAGUGGCGAAUUUGCCAAUCUUGGUGUUCUCUGGCAAAUGCCAAACGUCCUGCACGGUGUUGGGCUGUAAGCACAACCCCCACCUGUGGACGUCGGGGCCUCAUACCACCCUCAUGGAGUCUGUUUCUGACCGUUUGAGCAGACACAUGCACAUUUGUGGCCUGCUGGAGGUCAUUUUGCAGGGCUCUGGCAGUGCUCCUCCUGCUCCUCCUUGCACAAAGGCGGAGGUAGCGGUCCUGCUGCUGGGUUGUUGCCCUCCUACGGCCUCCUCCACGUCUCCUGAUGUACUGGCCUUUCUCCUGGUAGCGCCUCCAUGUUCUGGACACUACGCUGACAGACACAGCAAACCUUCUUGCCACAGCUCGCAUUGAUGUGCCAUCCUGGAUGAGCUGCACUACCUGAGCCACUUGUGUGGGUUGUAGACUCCGUCUCAUGCUACCACUAGAGUGAAAGCACCGCCAGCAUUCAAAAGUGACCUAAACAUCAGCCAGGAAGCAUAGGAACUGAGAAGUGGUCUGUGGUCACCACCUGCAGAACCACUUCUUUAUUGGGGGUGUCUUGCUAAUUGCCUAUAAUUUACACCUGUUGUCUAUUCCAUUUGCACAACAGCAUGUGAAAUGUAUUGUCAAUCAGUGUUGCUUCCUAAGUGGACAGUUUGAUUUCACAGAAGUGUGAUUGACUUGGAGUUACAUUGUGUUGUUUAAGUGUUCCCUUUCUUUUUUAGAGCAGUGUAUAAACUGUAGAAUGACCUUUAUCGUCCUCUUGAACUGAACUCUGAACUCUGUCCUCUCCACAGUGUCAUCCAAGCACCUUUACCACUUCCUGUUGAUAAGGUAGGUGGAUUCGUCUGUCUCUGUCCACGGUGUGUGUGAGAUGUGCAUCACAUCUGGAUGGCAAGAGUUGAUGAUAUCAAUCAGAUCUCUAGUCUGCAUAUUGAUGCUUUCUCCCAUUUUUUUUCACAUCUGGAAAGCAGGGAGGAAGGAUCGAGGGGAGAGAGGACAGGGUUUCCCGAACUCGGUACUGGGACCCCAAGGGGUGCACAUUUUGGGUUUUGCUACAAUGCAUUCAGAAAGUAUUCAGACCCCUUGACUUUUUCCACAUUUUGUUACGUUACAGCCUUAUUCUAAAAUGUAUUAAACUUUUUUCCCAUCAAUCUACACACUAACCCAUAAUGACAAAGCGAAAACUGGUUUUUAGGCAUUUUUGCUAAUUUAUAAAAAAAUCAAAAACAGGUACCUUAUGUACACAAGUAUUCAGACCCUUUGCUAUGAGACUCGAAAUUGAGCUCCGGUGCAUCCUGUUUCCAUUGAACAUCCUUUGAUGUUUCUACAACUUGAUUGGAGUCCACCUGUGGUAAAUUCAAUUGAUUGAACAUGAUUUGGAAAGGCACACACCUGUCUAUAUAAGAUCCCACAGUUGACAGUGCAUGUCAGAGCAAAAACCAAGCCAUGAGGUCGAAGGAAUUGUCCGUAGAGCUCCGAGACAGGAUUGUGUCGAGGCACCGAUCUGGGAAACGGUACCAAAACAUUUCUGCAGCAUUGAAGGUCCCCAAGAACACAGUGGCCUCCAUAAUUCUUAAUUGUAAGAAGUUUGGAACCACCAAGACUCUUCCUAGAGCUGGCCGCCUGGACAAACUGAGCAAUCAAGGGAGAAGGGCCUUGGUCAUGGAGGUGACCAAGAACCCGAUGGUCCCUCUGACAGAGCUCUAGAGUUCCUCUGUGGAGAUGGGAGAACCUUACAGAAGGACAACCAUCUCUGCAGCAUUCCACCAAUCAGGCCUUUAUGGUAGAGUGGCCAGACGGAAGCCACUCCCCUCAGUAAAAGGCACGACAGCCCGCUUGCAUUUUGCCAAAAGACACCUAAAGGACUCUCAGACCAUGAGAAACCAGAUAUUCAGGUCUGAUGAAACCAAGCUUGAACUCUUUGGCCUGAAUGCCAAGCGUCACGUAUGGAGGAAACCUGGCACCAUCCCUACAGUGAAGCAUGGUGGUGGCAGCAUCAUGCUGUGGGGAUGUUUUUCAGUGGUAGGGACCGGGAGACUAGUCAGGAUCGAGGGAAAGUUGAAAGGAGCAAAGUACAGAGAUCCUUGAUGAAAACCUGCUCCAGAGCGCUCAGGACCUCAGACUGGGGCGAAGGUUCACCUUCCAACAGGACAACGACCCUAAGCACACAGCCAAGACAACGCAGGAGUGGCUUCGGGACAAGUCUCUGAAUGUCCUUGAGUGGCCCAGCCAGAGCCUGGACUUGAACCCGAUCAAACAUCUCUGAGUGACCUGAAAAUAGCUGUGCAGCAACGCUCCCCAUCCAACCUGACAGAGCUUGAGAGGAUCUGCAGAGAAGAAUGGGAGAAACUCCCCAAAUACAGGUGUGCCAAGCUUGUAGCGUCAUACCCAAGAAGACUCGAUGCUGUAAUUGCAGUUAAAGGUGUUUCAACAAAGUACUGAGUAAAGGGUCUGAAUUCUAAUGAAAUGUGAUAUUUCCGUUUUUUAUUUGUAAUACAUUUGCAAAUAUUUCUACAAACCUAUUUUUGCUUUGUCAUUAUGGGGUAUUGUGUGUAGAUUGAUGAGGAUUUUUAUUUAUUUAAUCCAUUUUAGAAUAAGGCUGUAACGUAACAAAAUGUGGAAAAAGUCAAUGGGUAUGAAUACUUUCCAAAUGCACUGUAAUUCAAAUAAUCAACUAAUUAUCAAGCUUUGAUUAUUUGAAACACCAGGCCAAGAUCCCUUCUCCUCUCCUGCUCUAAACAUCAGACCCAGAUCCCUUCUCCUCUCCAGCUCUAAACAUCAGGCCCAGAUCCCUUCUCCUCUCCUGCUCUAAACAUCAGGCCCAGAUCCCUUCUCCUCUCCUGCUCUAAACAUCAGGCCCAGAUCCCUUCUCCUCUCCUGCUCUAAACAUCAGGCCCAGAUCCCUUCUCCUCUCCUGCUCUAAACAUCAGGCCCAGAUCCCUUCUCCUCUCCAGCUCUAAACAUCAGACCCAGAUCCCUUCUCCUCUCCAGUUCUAAACAUCAGACCCAGAUCCCUUCUCCUCUCCUGCUCUAAACACCAGGCCCAGAUCCCUUCUCCUCUCCUGCUCUAAACACCAGGCCCAGAUCCCUUCUCCUCUCCUGCUCUAAACACCAGGCCCAGAUCCCUUCUCCUCUCCAGCUCUAAACAUCAGGCCCAGAUCCCUUCUCCUCUCCUGCUCUAAACAUCAGGCCCAGAUCCCUUCUCCUCUCCAGCUCUAAACAUCAGGCCCAGAUCCCUUCUCCUCUCCUGCUCUAAACACCAGGCCAAGAUCCCUUCUACUCUCCUGCUCUAAACACCAGGCCCAGAUCCCUUCUCCUCUCCUGCUCUAAACACCAGGCCCAGAUCCCUUCUCCUCUCCUGCUCUAAACACCAGGCCCAGAUCCGUUCUCCUCUCCUGCUCUAAACAUCAGGCCCAGAUCCCUUCUCCUCUCCUGCUCUAAACAUCAGGCCCAGAUCCCUUCUCCUCUCCUGCUCUAAACAUCAGGCCCAGAUCCCUUCUCCUCUCCUGCUCUAAACAUCAGGCCCAGAUCCCUUCUCCUCUCCUGCUCUAAACAUCAGGCCCAGAUCCCUUCUCCUCUCCAGCUCUAAACAUCAGGCCCAGAUCCCUUCUCCUCUCCAGUUCUAAACAUCAGACCCAGAUCCCUUCUCCUCUCCUGCUCUAAACAUCAGGCCCAGAUCCCUUCUCCUCUCCAGCUCUAAACAUCAGGCCCAGAUCCCUUCUCCUCUCCUGCUCUAAACAUCAGGCCCAGAUCCCUUCUCCUCUCCAGCUCUAAACAUCAGGCCCAGAUCCCUUCUCCUCUCCUGCUCUAAACAUCAGACCCAGAUCCCUUCUCCUCUCCAGCUCUAAACAUCAGGCCCAGAUCCCUUCUCCUCUCCUGCUCUAAACACCAGGCCCAGAUCCCUUCUCCUCUCCAGCUCUAAACACCAGACCCAGAUCCCUUCUCCUCUCCAGCUCUAAACACCAGACCCAGAUCCCUUCUCCUCUCCAGCUCUAAACACCAGACCCAGAUCCCUUCUCCUCUCCAGCUCUAAACAUCAGACCCAGAUCCCUUCUCCUCUCCUGCUCUAAACAUCAGGCCCAGAUCCCUUCUCCUCUCCAGCUCUAAACAUCAGAUCCCUUCUCCUCUCCUGCUCUAAACAUCAGGCCCUGAUCCCUCUCCUCUCCCUGCCCCGAGGACCAGGCCUUAUUUUGGGGCCUAUUGAAUGAGAAGGUCAGCCUGGUCCACAUGGCUGCUCAUCUCCUCUCCCAGUACUGAGCUCUAAGCACCGAGCGCAUUCCUCUGAGUGUUCUGUUAGGGUUUGUAGGAUAUGGUUGCCUUGUAACCUUUCAUCACACAGCACAGCUCUAUCUGACUGCAGCAUCUGUCAAUGUCACUGGUGAUUACUGAGAGGAGAUGGUGUCUUGCGUGAAGAAGGAUUUUUUUUGGACCUAUAAUCUAUACUAGGCUUGUGCGGUAUCCAGAUUGUCCUACCUUCAUACCGACCUUGUACCAUACCCAGAUAUCCGGUAAUACAGGCUCUCAACAAAAGGGGCAAUAUUUUCAAACCCCGUUCAGCCUCUGUAAUCCGAAAGUUAGCAAUGCUAACUAGCGCAUUGCUAACAUUUUAUACAGUCUCUGACCUAAACUAUACAAGUAACUCAAAAAUGCUACUCACAGUUUGCUGCAAGCACAAAACAAAUAUUAGAUAGCAAGGCUCUUGAUCCAGGAGGGGAUUAUCUGCUGUUACCAAGAGAAGAUUGAUUUUGGAAGAAGCUAACCACUUAGCUAGAUAGCUAACUAGCUACUAAAUUAGCAAACCAAAUGCUCAGCUGCAGAGCAUUUAGCACAUUUAAUAGUUCUAAGAUAUCUAGCUGGCAAACGUUUAGUUGGGAAUUCCAUCCUGUAACUAGAUCACCUGACGUGUGCUGCACAACAGUGAGACUCACAAGACUCCGGGCUCUCCUCAUUGUCUGCUUGUAAAUAAACACUACGAGACUCCGGGCUCUCCUCAUUGUCUGCUUGUAAAUAAACACUACGUGACUGGGGACUACUGCUAAGUUACAUAAUGCAAAAUGUGAUUAUUUGACAGGUGAAAUGAAAAACGCAAUCUUUAUCUCCUAACGUAUUGCACAAGUUGACUGCAGGUAUUUACUUAAAGUAGCCACAAAUAUUGAAAUGUACAAAAUAAAUUAUAAGAAAUAGUUUAGACUGUAUUGAAAAACCAUCCCGUGUCUAUUUCCAAAUACCCUGGUAUACUCUCUCUCUAUAUAUAUAUGGUAUACUGCCCAAGCCUACUCUAUACAUACAUACAGUUUCCACAUGAAUCAAACUUCACCUGGUAUUAUUUGACUCGGAGUAGGCUGCCCUUUCCACUAGAUGAGGCUCGGAGGAAGGCUACCUGAGGUUAAGUGUGUGUGUGUGUGUGUGUGUGCAGUGAGUGCAUAGACCCAGUGUUGCUGUCUAACCUGAUGUCCUGGUGUGUGUGUCUCCUCUCCUCUCCUCUCCUCCAGGUUGCAGCCAACACCCCCAUUAUGUACUCUCAGGAACUCUUCCAGCUCGCCCAGUAUCUGCAGGUAUGUAAGGAACAGCAGUGACGCCUACUGGCCACAUACAGCUACUGCAUGACACUGCUCUCUUUAUUUACAUUUACAUUUAAGUCAUUUUAGCAGAUGCUCUUAUCCAGAGCGACUUACAGGAGCAAUUAGGCUUAAGUGCCUUGCUCAAGGGCACAUCGACAGAUUUUUCACCUAGUCGGCUCGGGGAUUAGAACCAGCGACCUUUCGGUUACUGGCACUAUGCUCUUAACCACUAAGCUACCUGCCGCCCCUUACUGCUUAAUUUUGUUCUGGCCCCCCGACUAUCCGCUCAAAAAAUUAAUAAAAAAAUCGGCCCAUGGCUGAAUCUAGUGGAUGAUCCCUGGGCUACAACCACUAACCUUGGGAGGAUUGGCCACAUUUGGAGAGUGGUGGUAUGAAGACACUGCUGGCCAAUCAAAUCAAAGAGCAGUUUGUGGUAGUAGCUUAUAGAGUGGACCGUGUUACAUCUCCCCUUCAUAGUCCAAUGCAUAGCAGAACACACACCAGGGUUGGGCUCAAUUCUGUUGGUUUUCUAUUGAAUUGUAAUUGACUUCCUGAAUUGAAAAACUGAAUUGACCCCAACACGCACAGUUUAUCUGCCUACUGCUGGAAAUGUAAUAAAAUAGGCCUACCUGAUUAUUUCUUAUCCCAGCCUACAGCUGUCUGUCUGCCUGCGCUCACAGGGAAACUCUGAUACAAUGUUGCAGGUUAACUAGCCAGAGCUUCAGGACAGACGUUAAUAGUUGAUACAAUGUUGCAGGUUAACUAGCCAGAGCUUCAGGACAGACAGUUAAUAGUGAUACAAUGUUGCAGGUUAACUAUCCAGGAAGCUUCAGGACAACAGUUAAAAUAGUGAAACAAUUGUUCGGUUAACUACCAAGCUUCAGUACAUCAGUUAGUAUUGAUAACAAUGUUGCAGGUUAACUAGCCAGAGCUUCAAGGACAGACAGUUAAUAGUUGGAUUACAAAAUGUUGCAGGUUUAUACUAGGCCAUGAGCUUCAGGACAGACAGUUAAUAGUUGAUACAAUGUUGCAGGUUAACUAGCCAGAGCUUCAGGACAGACGUUUUAAUAGUUGAUACAAUGUUGGCAGGUUAACUACCAGAGCUUCAGGACAGACAGUUAAUAGUUGAUACAAGGGUUGCGGGUUUAAACUACCAGACCCUUCAGGACAGACAUAAUAGUUUGAAAACAAUGUUUGCGGGUUUACUGCCAGCUUCCGACAACGUUAAUAUUUUGAUACAAUGUUGCAGGUUUACUAGCCAGAGCUUCAGGACAGACAUUAAUAUUGAUACAAUGUUGCAGGUUUACUACCAGACUUCGGGACAACAGUUAAUAGUUGAUACAAUGUUGCAGGUUAACUACCCAAAGGCUUCAGGACAGCAGUUAUAGUUUAUACAAUGUUGCAGGUUAACUACCAGAGCUUCAGGACAGACGUUAAUAUUGAUACAAUGUUGCAGGUUAACUAGCCAGAGCUUCAGGACAGACAUUAAUAGUUUGAUACAAUGUUGCAGGUUUACUAGCCAGAGCUUCAGGACAACGUUAAUAGUUGAUACAAUGUUGCAGGUUUACUAGCCAGAGCUUCAGGACAGACAGUUAAUAGUUGAUACAAUGUUGCGGGUUUACUAGCCAGAGCUUCAGAGCAGACAGUUAAUAGUUGAUACAAUGUUGCAGUUUACUAGCCAGAGUUCAGGACAGACAGUUAAUGUUGAUACAAUGUUGCAGGUUUAACUAGCCAGAGCUUCAGGACAGACAGUUAAUAGUUGAUACAAUGUUGCAGUUUACUAGCCAGAGCUCAGGACAGACAGUUAAUAGGGAUACCAAUGUUGCAGUUACUAGCCAGAGCUUCAGGACAGGACAGUUAAUAGUUGAUUACAAAUGUUGGCAGGUUAAUAGCCAGAGCUUCAGGACAGACAGUUAAUAGUUGAUACAAUGUUGCAGGUUUACUAGCCAGAGCUUCAGGACAGACAGUUAAUAGUUGAUACAAUGUUGCAGGUUUAAACUAGCCCAGAGCUUCAGGACAGACAGUUAAUGUUGAUUACAAUGUUGCAGGUUAACUAGCCAGAGCUUAGGACAGACGGUUAAUAGUUGAACAAUGUUGCAGGUUUACUAGCCAGAGCUUCAGGACAGACGUUAAUAGUGAUACAAUGUUGCAGGUUUACUAGCCAGAGCUUCAGGACAGACAGUUAAUAGUUGAUACAAUGUUGCAGGUUAACUAGCCAGAGCUUCAGGACAGACAGUUAAUAGUUGAUACAAUGUUGCAGGUUUACUAGCCAGAGCUUCAGGACAGACAGUUAAUAGUUGAUACAAUGUUGCAGGUUAACUAGCCAGAGCUUCAGGACAGACAGUUAAUAGUUGAUACAAUGUUGCAGGUUAACUAGCCAGAGCUUCAGGACAGACAGUUAAUAGUUGAUACAAUGUUGCAGGUUACUAGCCAGAGCUUCAGGACAGACAGUUAAUAGUUGAUACAAUGUUGCAGGUUUACUAGCCAGAGCUUCAGGACAGACAGUUAAUAGUUGAUACAAAUGUUGCAGGUUUACUAGCCAGAGCUUCAGGACAGACAGGUUAAUAGUUGAUACAAUGUUGCAGGUUAACUAGCCAGAGCUUCAGGACAGACAGUUAAUAGUUGAUACAAUGUUGCAGGUUAACUAGCCAGAGCUUCAGGACAGACAGUUAAUAGUUGAUACAAUGUUGCAGGUUACUAGCCAGAGCUUCAGGACAGACAGUUAAUAGUUGAUACAAUGUUGCAGGUUUAACUAGCCAGAGCUUCAGGACCAGACAGUUAAUAGUUGAUACAAUGUUGCAGGUUAACUAGCCAGAGCUUCAGGACAGACAGGUUAAUAGUUGAUACAAUUUUGCAGGUUUAACUAGCCAGAGCUUCAGGACAGACGGUUAAUAGUUUGAUACAAUGUUGCAGGUUUACUAGCCAGAGCUUCAGGACAGACAGUUAAUAGUUAUACAAUGUUGCAGGUUAACUAGCCAGAGCUUCAGGACAGACAGUUAGUAUUGAUACAUGUUGCAGGUUUACUACCAAGCUUCAGGACAGAUGGUUACUGUUGAUACAUUUUGCAGGUUUACUAGCCAGAGCUUCAGGACAGAUGGUUUAAUAUUUGAUACAAAUGUUGCAGGUUUACUAGCCAGAGCUUCAGGACAGCAGUUAAUAGUUGAUACAAUGUUGCAGGUUUACUAGCCAGAGCUUCAGGACAGACAGUUAAUAGUUGAUACAAUGUUGCAGGUUUACUAGCCAGAGCUUCAGGACAGACAGUUAAUAGUUGAUACAAUGUUGCAGGUUAACUAGCCAGAGCUUCAGGACAGACAGUUAAUAGUUGAUACAAUGUUUGCAGGUUAACUAGCCAGAGCUUCAGGACAGACAGUUAAUAGUUGAUACAGUGUUGCAGGUUUACUAGCCAGAGCUUCAGGACAGACAGUUAAUAGUUGAUACAAUGUUGCAGGUUAACUAGCCAGAGCUUCAGGACAGACAGUUAAUAGUUGAUACAAUGUUGCAGGUUAACUAGCCAGAGCUUCAGGACAGACAGUUAAUAGUUGAUACAAUGUUGCAGGUUAACUAGCCAGAGCUUCAGGACAGAUGGUUAAUAGUUGAUACAAUGUUGCAGGUUUACUAGCCAGAGCUUCAGGACAGACAGUUAAUAGUUGAUACAAUGUUGCAGGUUUACUAGCCAGAGCUUCAGGACAGAUGGUUAAUAGUUGAUACAAUGUUGCAAGUUCCUUGCAGACAGGCCAUGCGUAGCCAAUGGGAUUUAUAGGAUAUUCAUUUUUAUCAAGAUAUUUUCUACCUGAAGGCUAUACCUACUUUUACAUAUUGGCAAUAGUACUUCUUAGGUUUAUCAUUUUAAUUUAGAUUUGGAUAGAAUUUUGAUUAACCACAUGACAAUGAUUUUGACAUAUGAAGAUGUUAUUUAUAAAUGAAAUGAAACUGUUCCAAGAAACUUGUGCAUAUGAAAAUCAUAACUGGUAGGAAGAUCAGUAGAUAACUUGGCUCUCCAAAUGGAAGAGGUUGCCGAACGCUAGUGUAGCCUACUACCGGCUACUUCAGGAAUCUGUGAAGGACGGGAGGAGGAGGGGGGGUCGCGGUCCGGAACAGGUUUUUUUUACUUCUGGUUAGGCAUCUUGAUCUCUGGCUCCCUCUUUAGUAAUGUGUGUCUUCAUUUUUUGUCACAGUGCUUAAAGCAUCAGACAAGCUCAGUAGAUGGAUGUCUGACGAAAGAUACAGCUUGAUCCCUGUAUAUAACCCUGUAUAUGUUAUGUUUCCUCAUUGUUAUUCGUUAUUCACUGUGUAUUUUUUUUAUGUGCAUUUCACCGUUAGUGUACACACCUGUUGGUGUUUACAAAGCAGAUGACAAAUAACAUUUGAUUUGAUUUGAGCUCUGCAUUCAGUUGCUUGUGCUGAGUGCUAAUGUCGCUUUCUCUUUCCCAUCCUCUCCGCCCCGCUCCCCUCCCCCCCCUCUCUCCCCCCCCUCUCUCUCCCCCUCUCUCUCUCUCCCCCCCCUCUCUCUCCCCUCUGUCCUCUUCCUCUCCCCUCCCUCCCUGCCCCCUCUGUCCUCUCUCCUCCCCCCCUCUCUCGCAUCUCCCCCCCCUCUCUCUCUCUCUCCCCCCUCGUCUCUCCUCUUCUCCCCCCUCUCUCUCUCCUCUCUCUCUCUCGCCCCCCCCCCCCUCUCUCUCCUCUCUCCCACCACGGCCUCUCUCUCUCUCUCUCCCCUCAUCUCACACCCCCUCAGCUCUCAGCUCUCCCCCCAUCUCUCCUCCCAUCCCCUCCCCCCUCAUCCUCCUCUCUCCCCCAUCUCUCCUCACUCCCCCUCUCCUCCACCCUCUCGUCUGCCUCUCCCCUCAUCCUCCCCUCUCUCCCACCGCUGCCCCGCUCUGCGGUCUCCCCCCUAGGCCGCUCACGUCCCCCCCUCGCUCGCACGCCACCCAUGCCCCCCCUCCUCGCCCCCCGCCGCUCGCCCCUCUCCCCCCCUCCGCUUCCCCCCUCUCCUCUCACCCGCCUCUCUGCUCUCCCCCCUCUCUUGCUCGUCACCCCCUCUCUCUUCCUCGCCCCCUCGCCUCCCCCUCUCUCCUCGCCCCCCCUCUCCCCCCCUCUCGUCCCCCCUCUCUCUCCCUCCCCCUCUCUCCCCCCUCUGCCUCCUUGCUCUACCCCCCCUCUCCUCUCUCCCUCCUCCUCCCCCCACCAGAGGCCCUACACAGGGAGCGAUGUUGGAGCAGAAGUUGGCAACGCUGCAACGCCUGCUGACCACCACACAGGAGGCUUCAGAGAGCACCGGGCC